AUGCUGAAGGUAAAAGUAAAAGGGGCCACUAAUCUGCCCGAUGUGGAUACAUUUAGUGGGAAAAGUGAUCCUUAUGCCACAGUAAGCUUUCAAGGUAAGUUUUGAGUAGGUGUCACGAAUGCCAGUUUCGUCGUUGGUUGUUUGCAAUGUCCGAAAUAUCCUCUUAUUGUUUCUCUCUGGACCCUUUAAUGUUAAUCGGUUUGGAGCUCCUUCACUGAAUCAUUUAAUAUAUUGCUGAAUUUGAUUUCAUUUUUUUCAUAGAUAGCUAAACUUUAAUUCUUUUUAAAAUCGACAUUUCAGAUCGAAGGAAAUUUUCAUUUUGAAUAUAUCUGAUGAUCCCGGCUCAAACUUGAAUAAUUUUUCCAGAAAUAAUUAGGUACAUUAUAUUUUAGAAAUGUAUGUAGGUUGCAAAAGGAAUUUACAAUGUUUUAGCUGCGUCAUUUUUUACUCCGACGCGUUACAAAUUAUAAAAAUUUGCCUAGUUGAAAGUCAAAAUCCUGCCUGUUUGGUAUUGUUGAAUACCGCUAUAUUUGUGCAAUGUUACUCUUUUACAAGGUCAAGAACAAAAGACUGAAGUUGUUAAAGAUGAGCUGAACCCUGUUUGGAACAAGGUGGGUUUUUAUUUUAAUUUGACUGAAUUCUAAGUCAACCAGUGACUUUUCACUGAUUUGAGUCAAAGAUAUUGAGAAAAGCCUGGGAAAUAAAUUUGUUGUUUUCGUUAGUGACUAUAGACGGUCAGUACAGUCCUCAAGAGAUCAUUGCCGACUUGCUCACAUUUUUUAGAGAUACAUGUAGUCACCAUGCAUCUCGUGGUUUCGAGUAAAGGAGAAUAGAGGAAGUUCUCAUUAUAAUUACUAUACACAAUAAUAAAAUUAGCCUCAAAUGACCAUAAAAUUUUAUUAUCCCUUCCUUUCCCCUCCUUUUUUUAUAUUUAUAUUUCUUGUAAGGUUGGUUACUCCAAUGCUGAAACUAGUGUAUCGAUCGGACUGUAAAAUGGUUAUACUGAACUAUUGGGCAUGCUCAGUUGUUAACUCAGCACUGAUCGGAUCCUUGAUUUAAACCAAGCAAAAAGGGCUCAUUUGCACUACAUGACGCAACUCUCACACCGGUCUUUUUUAAUCCCUUCUUUCUUAAGGAUUUUGAGUAUGACCUUAACGGAAAGGAACUGUCGGCUCAAGAGACUUUGGAAGUUAAAGUUAAAGACUGGGAGAAAAUCGGACCUAAUCGGUGGGUAAAAAGAUAUCACCGACUAAGAUUAUUGCAACCUUGAAGUGUUUACUUAUGCUGCUUAAAUAUAUUGAUCACGAUAAGAAAGCUGAAUUAAAUACACAGCUGGUCAAACACAACGUUUCGUGACUAGAUUGCAAGCUUUUAAACGUCACGAUAGCAAAUUGUAAUUUACCCUCCCAAAUUGAAUUUUUCAAAGUCAGCAUCAUUUUUCCCCUUUCUCUACUUUAGAUGCCUCCCGAUUUACCGUUUUUUAUUCAUAGAACCCAAGAAAACAUUAUGUCUGCAAAUAUAAAUAAUAAUUAUGACAAUUAUUAUGAAAUGCAAAAUUGACGAAUAUUAUUUUAGACCUCAAUGACUUGGAAGACGUAAUAAGAUUUCACAAUCCAUUGAUUUAAAUGUCAUAGUUUUCGUCCUUACUCUUAUUCUUUCGCAGUUUUUCUACAUUGGUCGUUUUAUUUGAAUGAUAACAUAACAGAACUGCGUCCACAAACGCAAAAAGUUCUACUGGCAAACCACCUCUUUACCAUAAUCAAUGUAAGAGUGAGCCGGUAAACUUUUAAUUAGUAUUAUACUAUCUUGAUAGGCCCUUUGCAGCUCAGGGUCAUAUGAUCUAAUUCUCAUGACAAGAUUUUGAGGUACAAUCUUAAAAUAACGGAGAGUUAAAAAGCAUAGCACACAUUGUCGUUAGGUUUUAAACUGUUAACAGUGAUAUUUUAUGGUGGUUUGAAUAACUUGAAAAUACCAUAUGUCUCAGCAGCUUCCCGAAGCUUAGAGACACAACCGCCUUCUGCAAUAUGAGCAGUGCCAAGGAUGGCUGACAACUGUGCAGAAAAAUGCCAGGCAGACUGAUCCUCCAAAUACCAGGCCUUGCAUUCUUUGAGAUAGUUCCAAGUGCAUCAAUUACGAUGGCUAUGACUGUCUUCUUCGUGGUUCUAUGGAUUCUUUUAACUUCGAGCGCUAGGUCUUGAUACCUUUCCACCUUUUCCUCCUCACUACAAAGGAUUUUGGUCCGCUGGCAGAACUAUGUCGAUAAGUGUCCUUUCGUGGGUGUCAUGAAUACUACAGUAAUAUCUUCCCGAUUGUGCUUAAGCCGCUUUUCUGUAAAGAUGGUCAUAUCCCAAGUUAUCCUUACUUCUCUAUUUCCUGCAACUUAGUGAGACUUGGUGGUUGUACCACUUGUCGGUUAACACUCUAACCCAUACUUUCUGCACAGCUCCUAGUGUACCCCUAGAGCCACACCUCGUCGUGGCGUUUCCUAUAGCCUUAUUCUCUAUGGACAAGCUUCCUGCAUUCACUGAAAAUAUGCCAUACUGUUUCUGUGUGGUCACCACAUGAUCUGCAGUGGUUUCUCAGGUGUGUUAUAUAUGCUGUGCUGGAUCGAAUUUGUUCUCAAAGCGAGUUCUUGAGCAGCGAGUAUCAAGCCUUCUACAAACAUUCUGUCCUCUCCACCAACAUCUGAUCAUGAAGCCGUUUGCCAAGCAAACUCUCCAUGCAGGGCAUUCCUCUCCUUUCUCGUCCUCUGGCAGUCAUAAUUAAAGGUUAUCUUCUUCAACAAGCACUUUCUCCUUCAAUAUCAUUUGCAGCACCCACUCAGGUAACCAUGAAAUGCCUUUCUCCUCUUAUUUCCACAUACCUUAAUACCAAUCAACCCUCUCCCCCUAUCCUUCCUCGGCAGAGACAGUCUGGUUACAUUACUUCUGGUGUAUAGAGAACCAUUCAUUGGUAAUAUCGUUCUAUUUUUUCUAUGUAUGCUGGCAAACUCUUCCACUGUCCAAACCACGAUACCUACACUGUAGCGCACCACAUCUACAAUAGGUAUUGAUGCAUUUGAUAACACCCCAUCAUCGUCUACGCUGCUACUUAUUUAAUAAAUCGUCUGAUAUAUUCCUCUACUAUCUUGCCUUUCAUCUAAGUAUAGCUUGAGAAAACAACCGACAUUUGGUGACGCUACCACUGGCUUUCCCGCAAAAAACACGUCGGAGAAACGAGCGCAGAAAUUACAUACUGAUGACGCAUCACUACCCAGAUCUGGGUAGUGCUUCUGAUUGGUCGUGCUGCGUAGGAAAUUUGAGUCAACCAACCAGAAGCACUACCCAGAUCUGGGAAGUGACGCGUCAUCGCUGUGAAAUUUCUGUGCUCGUUUCUCAGACGUCAUUUGGCAGGGAAAACCACUGGUAGCCUCGCCAAAUGUCGGCUGUUUUCGCAGGUUAAUCUUAGUUUCGAGAGUUUGAUCCAAUUGUAAAAUGCCAGGUACCUUUAGCCCUCUUCCUCAACUUCCACGAUGUCCUGGCCAUCAGGAAGCUAUAAUAUAUUCCACUAAUCUCAACUUUCCUUCCUCUUCUCAUUUCCAAGACAGCACACAUGUGGAGAAAUAAUGGACAAGCACGCGCCAUAGAUAGAGGAUUAAGAUUGCAUAAUCCCGCUGAAUGGCUGUCUAUAAGAAGGGACUUUAUACGGACGAAAACAAAAUAAACUGAUCUUACCCACGAUUUUGCAUCUCUCCCAUGUCCAAUAUUCAGUUAACUUAUUCAUGCCAUAAAUAAAAAAUAUAUAUAAAGUUAAUUUACAAUGGCCACGGUUUUGGUCCAGACGGAAAAUCGUCCAAAAACUACGAAUGGCGCCCAUGCUGUCUCUAAUUUCACGCAGGGGAGGUUCAUUGCAACGCGAUUUCCAGAAAAAACAGACGACAUAUCCAAAAUGUUGCAUCUGCUUUCCCCUUUCAAACAGAUGUUCUUUGAAGCAAAAUAAAAGAAAACACGCCAAAAUAAAUAUAUCUGCCACCUUGCAAUCUACUUUCGCUGAAAACUCCUUAAGCGUGACUUAAUAAGGCCGAAAUACGGCGAGGAAGGCUUCACUCACGAGAGUCUUUCUCUCUUUUUGUGUAGCCAUUUUGUCUUCAAAUGAACUUUAAUUGUAACCGCUUGUUGUUUGUCACCAGGCAUCAAAGCAGUUCUAGAUCUUUUUAAUCGAGUGAAUCUGGGGGAAGCAACUUUCAAAAUACAAAAGUAGCGCGUGACGGAUAUUUCAGGAGACGAUUACUGCGGAUACUUAUUCUUUCGAAAAGAGCUGUAAAGAUGUCAGAUUCUUCUCUAUCUUUGGCGGGCAUUGACUCCUGAUCGAUGGAGAAAUCCCGUUAAUUACAUCGCAGAGCAGGCCCUCUAAGCCGACCGAGUCUCAGUAGAAUUUUAUUUUGGGGAUCCACCGGGGCAAUCCGAAACAGACUCCUCAUUCACUGGUUGUGUUUUUACGCAGUUUUGCUCUUUUUCCUUUUCAAAAGAUGAAACAGAAAAGAUUUAUCUUUCUUCUCUUCAUUUCACUCACAAAAUUAUCCAGCUCUUUGUAGAAAUUCUUAGUGUGAAUAUAUCUCAAUUUCCUCGCCCCCAAAAUACGUGACAUAACAGGAGACGAUGGGGCAGAGCAAAAAUUUCAUGACACUUUGGCAACAGUUAACCAAUAGGAAAUCGCAGAUGAGAUAUCCAUGAUUGACAGGUUCAUCAACCGUGGAAAAUAGGGCCACCCACUCAUGUCCCGAAUUUCUCCAUAUGGAUAUCUGGCCCAAACGGCAUCUUGAUGUCUUCUGAGAAAACCCUUACUGCUUGGAUGAGUGAGUCAAGUUGGUCUUUGUUAGCUUUUUAGUGCUUCAAAUCAUCUAUAAGCUGUUGAUGGGCAGCAUGCCCUUUGCCAGUCUAUAUUCAACUUUCAUCUCUUGUAGUACUUUAAGUAGCAACAUGACUGCUAUAAACAGCAAGGGUGACAACAAGCGAGAAGGGUAUCCCUGAAAGAUUCUUCUCGUGAUGUCAACCUGCCUAAGCUCCACUCCAUGCUGUUGCUGAUUAUAGAGAUCAUUUUUAUGGCUGUACCAACCAUCUCCAGGCAUUUCAGGAUCCACGAAUGUUGCACCUUAUCUGAAGCCUUCCUCUAAUCUAUCCAAGCCAUUGAUGAAUUUGUUAGCCUCCUUCGGCAGUUCUUCAGGACUGUUUUGUCUUCUAGCAAUUGGUCCUUUGUUCCUUGGGUUCUCCAGUCCUUCUGCUCAUCUACUAGCAGUCCAUUUCUGUCCAGAUGUUGGUAUAACUUCUCUACCAUGAUUCAUGUCAAAAGCUUCCACAUCAUAGGUAGGCAGGCCUCAGGGCGAUAGUUGUUUGCGUGAUUCCCCUUCGCUGGAUCUUUCUGUAUCAAAACUGUUCUUCCUGUGACUAUCCACUCUGGAAUAUUUCCUUGGCAAACACAAUCUUCCUGGUAUUCUUACCAUCUAAUGUUUGUUGGUGUCAGUUUCUUAAACCAGCAGUCCUGAACUAGGUCAGCACCUGCUGCCUUACAAUUUGCCAUAUUUUUCACUCCGUUUAUAAUGUCCCCCACAGUGAUGAUUAUAACUUCUUGCGUCUCUGUUGUUCUGAUCUCCUGCUUAAUGUCCUCCAGCCAAGACGCCUUCUCGUGGUGACUAACUUCCUCCCACCAGAUUUUACCCCAAAAGGUGGGGGCUUCAUUGGGUUCAGAAACUCUGUUUCAAGUCUUUUUUUAGUUUUCAUCUAGUGUUCAUAAAACAGCUUAUGAUUAGUUCGAAAUAGUUGGUUCUGUUUAAACUUUUGAAACCUCUUGUCAUAUCUCAUGAUCUUAAUUCCACCUGCUAAUUUUCUGUUUCAACACAGCUCAAACACACAUCGUACCCCUUUCCCGGAGACGAUAUUUUCUGCUCAAGUUUGUUUCAAUGUCCCUCUUCCUCAAUGUUACUAAAAUCUUUUUUUCCCAGUUUCAAUAUUCCUCUUGAUCUUUAACUUCCAAAAUGGCUCUUUAGUUCUUUUUCUCUUCUUUGUUUAAGCAUCUCAUUCUGUUGUGAAAAUUGCAGCUGCAGCUGCGCAUGUUGGUGGUAUCACUGAGCUUGCCUAUUUCUACAGACCUCGUGAUCAAGUGGCCAAUUAUAAUAUGUUAUAAUAUAUUGCAAACGUCAGUUAUUGCCAAGAACGCAACAGGGAACCCUAGCAAUAUCUCAGUCACUCUUCUAUAUGUUAUCUGAUAGCUUAAACAAGUUAGUUACAGGGGUGAAGAGUAUUCUGGGAGUUUAUCGAGAGGGGUAACAAAAUCGUUACCGCCCCCCCCCCCCUGCUUAAGCGCACCCCUCUUUUCUGAGACUUUCAUUAUUUACCUAUUUUCAUUUUUGUUUUGUUGUUGUUGUUUUUAAUACUCUUCUGGCCUUUACGAUGCGUCACCUUGACACGCCUGCUCUUGACACCAGUGGAGCUUCGAAUUCGGUAGCGUGAUCUGUCAAUUACUCGUUAAUAAAUAACAGGACAUCCGAGGAAUAUUAUCCUGGGCAUGAAAGGGACUUUCCUCAUCUUUUACUUUUGUAGGCGUGUGCCAAACUAAGGUAACUUAGAAAAUACCUUUUUUAUUCAAUGUAUAUGUCCACAAGAUUCAGUGUUUUGUUUUCCCAAAUGCGGCAUCGCCCCUGUAAUGAACUUAGAUGCCUCUUAUGUCUGUACAAUUUCGAUAACUCUUAAUUGUGCAUAACAAUCACCGGUCCAAAAUAGCGAAUUACCCUAUUUUGAUAUUUCACAGAUUACUUGGCUCAGCAUCAGUUCCUUUGAGCAACCUGGUUCGCUCUAAAAACAAAUCCCAGGACAAAGACGUGAACUUAGUAGAUGGACAGCAAAAUGCUACUUCAGUAAGUUUAAUUUUACGGUGGACGUUAAAUGUCAGUAAGAGAUCAUUCUUGUAGAGAUGUCGCAGAGGUCAUAGUUUUACAGCGCAUAUCCUUCAUGCACUAAAACUUGACACCAGCGUAGCACCGUCAAAAAAGGUUUCAGGAAGACCAUGAUUAUCAGUUUUCUAUCAUCAGGCCAGGAUUACCAGCACAUUAAUUAACGAUUAACAAUUAAGUAAAUGGAGGAGGGUGUUACUUGUGGAACCAUAAGAGUUCUAACGGCUUGCUGCCUAAGGCUUCUAGUUUUAAAGUUUGUUUACUCUUCUACUACACUGGUCAGCACGGAAAUUUUUGUUGUUGUUAUUGUUCGUCAUUUAUUCAAAAUAAUGCAAAAUGAAAAAAAAAAAAAAAAAAAAAAAGGCGUAACAUCCUGAAGCUAACCUGAAAUUUUAGACUACCGGGAGGCUAUUUAUGAUUCUUCACAAAUGAGCCAACAUAGCUUUUGCUUUUGUUUUUGUUUUCCUGCAACUUUUCUCAUUUUGUAAUUUGGCUAUUUCGUAUUGUGUUUGAUAUAUUCUAGGCAUUUUCUAUGGCUCCAAAUAUAAACUUUCACUUUGUAGCUGGGAAAAUCAGUUUGAAACUUGUAGCGCUUAUUUCCCGCAGGGAAGUCUUCAACUGAGCUUGACUUACGAACCACCUCCGUCCGCCAAGGGAGAAGAAGGUGGUGAAGAAGGUGAUGAGGAACUGGAGGAAGAGGAAGAAGAAGAAGAAGGAAAACCUGGAGCGAAGACGUAUGUAUCAUCUUUCCUCUAACUAACACCUCCAUUAAAAAGAUACCUCCCUUAAAAAGGACAUUUAGAGCUGAUAGACAAUUACGACGUAAGCAUAGAAACGAGGCCUAAGGGCCAUCAGAUUUCCCGUAGACUUUAGAAUAGUAAAUAGGGCGGCGAAACCAGGAACGAUUAGUAAUUUAGAGAUUAAAAUUAAAAAUUAACCCCCAAAGAUAUCCCUCGAGCAGUUAUAGGUCUUAUAGUGAAUGAACGCGCUUUGGAAAGCGGAUAGUGGAAAAACUAACAUUGGGCAAGGAUCCUUAGGAAAUAUAUGAAACGUCAAGUCGUUCCUGUUAUCGGAACGAUUAUUAUAAAGUGCAGCAGCUCAGUAGUUGUGAGAACUAUUUUUUGUCGUGGUUUUAGGGUGCGCGCUUCCGCCACUUUAUACAAUUUAAUUACGAUGUGGCCUUUAGACCUCGCGUUCAUGCUAACGUCGUAAGUGUAUAUCCCAGUAUGUGUAUCCCAGUCAUUCUUUAUUUUUUGCAGCUAUUAAGGGUCUGGUCUCUUUAUGGUUUUUUGGGCCGAUGUCGAACGGCGAACUUCCCACUUGACGAAUCUAAAGCCAUAGUUAGUAAAGGAGACCGUUUAUGAAUGCUGGCAAACAUCAAAGAUGAAAACAACGGUGCUGCAGUAGUUUAUGUUGGAAGCUCCCUGACCGUGCACAAUCCUUUGUUUUCUGUUCACAAAUUGUGACUGAAUGAAUUAAUUCGAUGUUUCUAUUGGUCAAUAAGUUCAAAAUGAUAGGAAUGCUAUUGAACGUUAUGCACGGCCAAGUUUAAGAAAGCUGACACAAACAUAUAACAAAGUUCGGGCUUCGUAACCAUUCCACUUUAUUAACUUUGUUAAAGUUAAUGAGCGAAAUCGUUUGUUUUCGAUUACGAGCAUUAGGUUUAUCCAAUAUGAAAUUCGACGUUUUACCCUGGAGUUGUUCUCUUUCAUGAGAAGGACAUCUCGCGAUCGUUGCAUGACGACCGCUAGUCCUAACAGUACCCAGGUUAGAGAUAACUUACUUGAAAAAGCCCUCUUCUCCAGAACCUCAUGAUCAAAUGCAUGGGCCGUGUUGGUAUGAUUGUUCAAGUGUCCGUGCCUUUAGCUUUUCAGAGAAGGUUCGUGGGUUCGGAUCAAGUUUCCUUGUGCCCUCUUUUGAUCCUCUGAGUGCUGGUGUAUUCGAUGGGAAGACACAUGACUUUAGACGGGCAGCGCAAUAACUAGUAAUCAACUACUUCACGCGUGGCAGAGGUCAAGAGUUGAACUCGGGACCUCAAGUCUGAAUACUUUUCAUUUGUGACUAUAACUUUAUAACUGUGGUCCACGCUGAAUAAGUGAAGACAUAGCUUAAAGGUAUAAACGUACAUUUUUAAUUACAGUUCUAAAAGAAAACGCAAAAAGAAGAGAAAGGCACUCUCAAACAAGCCGCAGGAUUUCCAGGUAAAAUAAGCGAAAGUCGGCAAAAGUAUUCAUUAAAAGAUAGUUAAUCAGCAAACACGGCGGAAAAAAUAGUUAAAAAAGAAGAAAAAGCCAGGGGAAAUCUAGGAAAAUUUCAAAAUCCAAGAGAAGUUUCCAAAAUAGCUGGAAUGCUUGAUCUGUGAAACGCUCUUCAUAUCCAAUCUCAAACCUCUGAAAUAUAUGGCACUAAAUGUUUACGAAUUUAAAUGUUCCAAUGUUUUCAUCUGUAUUUAAUGACCUGCAAAAAUCAAUAAUCGAUCCCGCCAAAAUUUCUUUCUCAAAAGUUUACUCAGCUGAAUUGAAAAAAAAAAUGGGGCGAAAAUGUAUAAGACAGCGGGAAAAUGCAUCAUCGAAGCUAUAAUUUAUCUUUAUUCACGGCGGGGCCAAACCACCCCCCAAUGGGCUUAUUAAGGCUAAAUUUACGUAUUUUUUACAUUUCUUUUCAUUUCUCGACCAAACUUGCCAGAUAGACUACGAUUGCUGACCAAAUGAUACUAAGUUUUUGUUCGACGCAACAUGUUAAAUUGUGACGUCACAAAUUGUUACGUUUUGAUAAGCCAUUUUGGGGCUGGUUUGGUCCCUUCGUGAUUAUUUUUUUCUUUUUUCUUUUAUGCCUCGAGUUCUUUUAAAAACCUGAUAAUACACUCCUGCUCGUUUUCUUAAAAGUAAUAAAAACACCUAUGUCCACUUCAUUUUCAGAUCCGAGUGAAAAUAUUCGAGGCUCGUCAGUUACCCGGGGGGAAUAUCCACCCUGUCGUGCGAGUCAGCGCGGCUGAUCAAGAUAAAGAUUCAAAAAUAAAGAAGUGUACGAACAAUCCUAGUUUCAAUGAGGUAACGUUUACGUUUCUGAAAUUUUAUUUUACACACGUGAAUACGCAUUUUCCUCUUUCCUUUGUAAAGUUUCUCAUACACUUGGGAAAUGCAAACACGUAAAUGAAAGAAGGUUCUCUUUUUUAUGAAGAUAUAAAAUCGAAUGCUUCGAUUUGGACGCGACUGUAGCUAUAGCUUGACACACGGAACUUCUCUUUUUUUCAGUUUCAUUGUUCGUCUUCCAAACUAUGACAUCCAAACUUUCGUUGAAGCUGAAUAUUAUGUGUCUUUUUCUUUUCGUGAUUGCUACAUCUACUGGGGUUAUACGUUAUUCAGUGGUAAAGUAAAAUAAGUGAGUCAUUUUGGCACUUUCGUCUUAGCUCGGCGAUCCUUCGAUAUCAGAUGCACAUGCCCGUUAAUAUUUUGCGUGAGAUGAAAUUUUAAGUUUCCUAAGAAACACGUUCAUAACAAAGUAUUUGGAAAGGGAUAUUUUUAUGAUUGAGACAAAAUGGCCUUAUAAAUAAAUCAAUACCUGAUAUUGAAACUUCUGUGCGUUUGUUUGUUUGUCGGUUUGGGCAGAGCUUUUCAUUCAGUUUCCAUGCGGCUCCAGCAGAUCUGUUUGAAGAAAUGGUUUCAUUUGAGGUAAGAAUAAAUUACAGCCUAGGGACUGUUAGAAAUAGAUGUAUGUCUCUAGCUGCUUUGUUGUUGUCAUUUCAUUAUACUGCUGUUAGUAUCAUCAUCAUUUUCGUCAUCAUCAUCAUUGCCUCAUCGUUAUCAUUAUCAUAACUAUAAUUAUUAUUAUUAUCUACAAGUAGUAAAAAAAUAACAAAAUAUAAUGAAGACGAGCUGUAAUUAUUAUUUAAAAUCUUUUAAUUUUUUCGAUAUAUUUAGGUAUAUGACUCGAUAAAGUUUCGUUCAGACGCUUUAAUUGGUUACUUCGAGGUGAGUCUGCGCAAGACAUUUACAUGUACCUGCCAUGCAUGAUUUCUAGAGCAUCUAAAACUCUAAACUACUCUUUAAAACAACAAACCCACGGACUUUGAAAAGCCCUAACUUAACUCUUCAAUAAAAUGGAGAGGGCUUUCUCUUAAAUACGUUGGAAUGAUAAGCGAGUGCAAGGAUACUAACUGGGAUGCCACUGUUGUAGGGUCGUUGAAUUCAAAAGAAGUUCAAUCAAAUAAUGAGUACUGAUUAGUUUUUAACUUUGGCAUAAUAUAAAGGCGGCGUGGCAGAGUGGUCAGCGCGACGGACUCGUAAUCCGACGAUCCCGGGUUCGAGUCCCGCUCUGGCCACUUGGUGGAUUUGUUCUCGGCCGUCCCGAGUUCAAAUCCUCGGCUAAGCUUGUAAAUAGCCAACUGACUGCCUCUGCCAGUUGGAGCUUUAAAUCCUGUUAUGUUGUAUUUGAAUUAUUCAUUUCUAAUUAUCUGAGUGGAGUGACUGUAAACUAGCUGGAUAAACUAAGUGUACUUUCCACUUUCCACAAGUCUUUAAACCUUUAACGUUUAAACGAAGCAAAUGCCUGGUCUUGCUUCGCGCUCACUUACAUGUAGGCCUCGGGCCCUGGUUUUAUCUCUAAAUAAUUGACAUUUUUUUCCAUUAGCUUGAAGAAAAGAUCCUUUAGAUUAAAUUGUGCAUGGAAUUAGAUAAACAAUCCUGAAAAACGUUGAUCUAUUAUCACCAUCAUCUCAAUUAUAAUCAGUAUUAUUAUUGUGACUAUUUAAGAGUUGAUAUUUCUCCACGGAUACCAAACAGAACUCUGUUUAAGCAUGUUGUUUUUUUUUACAUUUCCUUGCUCAAAAAGUCUGCUCAUCUUAUUGCUUUUGCUUCGAUUAUCCAGGUGAUAAUGUUCACCUAAAAGACCAGUAACUGAUUUCAAAAUUCCUACUAAAAAGUCAUCUUUAAUUUUUCUUAGCUUGACAUAUAUUCAAUAUACGAGAUGCCAGGUAGGUCGAGUAUCUAUAUUUCAGAGAUCCCUAAAUAGGUCGAGUAUCCAUAUUUCAGAGAUCCCUCAAUUUUGAACCGACCCUAAAAGAUCAGUGACAUGGUUGGAAGGCUUAGAAAUAAAAGCUGUGCGACUACUUCAUUUCCAUAGUACUUAGUUGAGUAAUUGUAUAAUGCUUUGGUCUGGCAGUCUCUAUACAAUGGUAUUGUAACAAUCAAAAAACAAGUGAACUAUCACCAGUAGCCAUCCGUGAUCCCCGAGCGAAAUCACCCUUCAACAAACCUUGCUCAUAGCUGCUUCUCCUUGCAGCAGUGUCGUAGCGGUCGAAGUGCGGAAAGUGAGAGACUUAUGCUGCUGCCGUGAACACGUGCAUCUCAAGUCAGAGUAGAACUAAGCGUUCUUUUUAAACUUCAAUCUUUUUUAUACACAAUAUAUGUACAUUUUUGUAGGUCAUUCGUUCGUUCGCAAAUGGAUGCUACUAACUAACCCUGGUGACAAGGGAGCCGACGAAGAACAAGCGGUCAGUAAUCGAGAAAAGGCUCACUGGAAAUUAGAUAUCAAUAAAAAUACCGUCCGUGUAAUUGCUACUUUGAGAGAACAGACAAAAUUUGCAAGUUAAUGACUAUUAAGAAUAGAUGUAAUUCAACAUCAACGGCAACGCGCGAUGUCAAACCUAAACGUCUCCCGCCCUCCCAACCACACCACGGCUGGUAGCCAUGGCUUAUUCAGAAGAGGAACUUUCAAUAUUCAAACUGACGUCUGUUUGUACCUUAUAUAUUACAAAAUUGCAGCUUUAAAGGCCGAAAGAAAAUAACAAUGGCUCCUCUGGCGGCGGUGACAACAUGUAAAUGAACCAUUAUAGUUGACUAACACAUAACUAAAAUUAGGAGUGAUUUUUAUCAUCCUUCGUGCCGGUUCAGCUGUCUCUUAAUCAAGCCAAGGAACUACUUUUACAUUUUUUAUCCGUUUGAAUCCAAAGUUUGCAGGAUGGUAGACCUUUAAUUUGUACUCCAAACAAUCGUAUGUUUUAUGUUUUUUUCGAUUUAAACCGUUUUUGGCUAGAAAAUGACGUCACAUGAUUGACAGCAAAAUUUAAACUUCAACUAGUGAUGUAACGGAAAAGACGUGAUAGAAACACUUGUGAAUUUUUUUUGAAAAGCUCAAUAGCUUUAGGAGAUAUAGAGUUUUGAAAUGUGUUUGUGUUUCUAAAAUGGUAACAAAAUGGCGGGAAAUUAAAAAAAUCAAAGUUUAAAUAACUUCUUAACCAACUGAGCUUUCAUGAAAAAAAAAUUUCACACGUGAUUUCAUAUCGUCGUGUUCUUUAAAAGCUGAAUUAUGACUUUUAGAAGUCUCUAACGAUGAUUCUCGUUUCUUUUUGAAGGGUAAAGGAAAGACUGCAAAAGGAGUUAGAGGUUCCUCAAGAGGAGGAUCUCCGGCCGUAAGCUCAUUUUUUAAGCGUGAAUAGUUGAUAGAUUAUUGACAGUAACUCUAAGCUGUGAAACGUUCAAUUCUUUGUUUUUUGUUUUUAAUUUAGGGCUACCUGAAAGCUACAGUUGUUGUGUUGGGACCCGGGGAUAAGCCACCGGUAAGAUAAUAUAAUAUUUCAAAUCAAACUUCACUAAAACGUGAGGAACCAAAUGGACAGAGCAUAUAUUACCAGGCAUACGUCAAGUCGCCUCCCACGCAGACGUUCUUAGGGGUUCGUCACUAGUUCCUGCCCCACGAACGUCUGCUCACAGCAGAAUUCCAGAUCUGGGAAGUGUACUUUGGAUCUUGAGAAAUGUUGGGCUUGAUAGUUGCAGAAAAGAUCAGAAAGGUCUCAUGAAAGGUGUAGACCUUAAAGUUUUAGAACAAACUACUCAGUUAACUCACAAGCGUUCGUACUUUAUGAGCAAAUGACGUCUAAUCCAGCCUUUACAGAGAGAAAUGUGCAAAAACGCAAUGCUUAUCUCCUAGAUUCUCGUCUGGAUCAAAAAUCUUUGAUCACGUAUCACACUCUACAGAGCUUUACGUAUGUGUUUGGCUUUUCAACACUUUGACUUCAACAGCGCCGAUUGGAUCUCCGAUAAUCUGCAUGUGAUCUCCAGCUGAUACUUGCGAACAAUGGGAAAGGAAUUUAUCUUUCGGUUCAGCAGACGUUCGUGGGGCAGGAACGAGUGACAAACCACUAAGAACGUCUGCGUGGAGGCUAUACGUCAAGUCGAGCAAAGUGUGUCUGAAUCCACAUAACACUGGUACUAGAACAAAUGGAUCUGUAGAAUGUCUUCUCAUCACUCAAUACACAAUACAAUUCACAUUUCGUUUUUGUAGCUCCUGUCUCUCUCUAAACGCCGUUUAUUUUGCCUUUUUUUUAGCCACCGUCCAAGCUCGCAGGGGAAGAUGACUCUGAUGAUAUCGACACGUAAGAACAUCAUUGAUAGGUCUGAUAACUACUCUCGUUCUGUUAUAUAAUCCAAGGAAGUGCAAUCAAAUUCACACGCCCAUGUUCCAAAGGGAAAGGGCAUUUGUACCUCAACCCUCCCUCCUUAGUUUUUGUUAGUUUUAACGUUUUGAAAAUAUUAACCGCUCAAUAGAUAGACAUAUGUGUCAUGCUUGAGGCCUAGAAUAUUUUUAACACAUCAAGAAGAUUUAACACAUAACGGACCGGUCAUUAUUUCAAGAUUUGGGGCUAAACAAGGUGAAAUCUAUCCGAUCCCCCCUUUGAAUUAUACUUCACUGAAGUGUUCCCCCCCCAAAUAACAUUUGAUGACUUUCACGAUCUGUACACGACCCGAAAUGAUCCCCGACCACAACUAGCUUUAAACUCGCCAUAUCUUAGGAUAUAACUUUUAUCAUGUUUUUAUCUUAUUUCUAAUACUCAUUUCUUGCUGUUAUAUUGUAUUGUUAGUUAAUCACUAGUCUUAAUUUUUAUAAAUUGUAAUUAUCACACGGCAUGUCUGAAAACCAGCUUGCUGAGCCAUUUACCGUGUUUAAAUAAAGUUGAUUGAUUGAUUUAUUGAAUGAUUCUCGACCCCAAAUGAUAUCCAUAUCGACCUAAACACGACCCCAAAUGAUCCUCGACCCCAAAUGAUCUCCAAAUUUUUUCACACGCGACAUGAAAUGAUCCCCGAGGAAUUAUCGGAAUGGAAUGGGCUGACGUUUAAUUCCCGAAGAUGCUAGAAUUACUAGAAUAAAGUAAAUUAAAGAAUUUUGACUCGAAUUGUUUAAAGUGUCGAUGUAUUCAUAAAUUUUGGACAAUUUACUUAAUAAUUAUAACUCGUUUUUAACGAAUUUAGCAAGAAACUUUAGAGUUUAAAUCGGAGGUUUAGAUCGUGCAAAAAGCGUCUCGUCCACGGGCCCGGUUUAAAUGUCAAAUUUCACUUGUGCCGAGUCUGAUACCUAUUUGGUUCUACUUAAAUGAGUAAAUCCGCCAUUUUAGACGUCGAAUCAUGAGAGAGUUCGGAGUUGGGAAAAGUUAAGACUUGUGGGUUAUAAUAAAACAAACAUUUCUCAAAAGAAAGUCUUAUUAAGGACUCGAAUGUUGAAAACUUACUUCUGCAACCUUUUGCAUGCAUGAAUUCCCAUCUGGAGGUUUGUCUUCGUUUCCCGAGAUGUAGGCUCGAUUACCAGCCGCUGUUCGGGAGGAUCAAAGACCGGACCCGGGAGACGGCGGAAAUCGAGCCUACCCGAGAUGACGCUCGUCAAAAAGCAGAAUAAAAUCACAGUUGCAAGCCACGCGUUCAGCGACAUUGUUGUAUUCAACCGAUCCUCUGGUAAAAAGUCCAACGAAACAGAUUGCGACGAACUGUAAAUAACUUUGUGCAGUCGAUUAGCCAUUUUGAAAAGAUUUCGCGUUUAUAGCCGAAAAACUUCGCAUUUCGUAUUAACCGGAAAACGGAAUUAAAAAGCUUUAAUCUUAUCCCCGAGAUAGAAAUGUUUUCCCAUUCCACUCCUAUAAUUCCUCGGGGAUCAUUUCAGGUCGCGUGUGAAAAACUUUGGGGAUCAUUUCGGGUCGUGUUUACGUCGAUUUUGGGGAUCAUUUCGGGUCGUGUACAGAUCCCCCCCUCCCCAUGUCUGCAUUUUCCAAGCAAAUUUGAGAGAUCCCCCAUCUGAAUCCUUCCAAAGUUUCCGGUGACCCCCCUUUUGGGUUGUUAGUUACGACUGAUCCCCCCUUUUGUUCUCCUAAAAAUCAAGUGAUCGACAUAUCGCUCUAAAUAAUAACCGGUCCCUAAAGAAGGUUACAAAACGGAAAACCCUAUAUACACCCCCUUAAACGUCCAAAUGAUAGUACGUUUGUUUAGUUCGAAUCAUAACAUUACAACUUUCAUUUAAUGUUUGUUAUCUGAACAUUCCGGCUUAUUUUAAGUUAGGUACAUUUUUGCACACGGAAAUUUUUCUUCUUUAUUAAUGCCUUACUCUGAAUGCACAGCAACCUGCUCAGUCCUGCUGGUGUUGGUCUUCAAGAUGCUGUGUUUACGCUAAAUGUCUACCGAGCCGAAGACCUUCCUCAAAGUGAGUUCGAUCUUCUCCGCCAUUUUUGCGAUUUUUUUCAAUAGGCCAGUUACAGUUUUGUGUACUUUUGUUCUCAGUGCUUUGGCCUUUGAAUAGAAAUGAGCUGGAAGUCACGUUGGUUCGAUACAAACGUUCCUGCUUUUCAUGUCCAAAUAAUGUUAUUGUCAUUCUAACAAGCCCGUGAACAUGAUUAUUACAUGUAAAAAAUUUCAAGAAGGUUUGUUAAAAAAAGGUCACCUUCAGCCUCGCUUCUAUUCAAAGGCCAGGGCACUGAGCACAUAACUAUGUGUAAAAUGGCCUCUUCCAAGAAAGACAAACAAACAACAAAAAAUAGAAACAAACGAUCAUUAACAAGUAAGAAUGAAGUAAACCGAAGACCCAACCCAAGGUACCUUGUUGGACACAGCGCUCAAAGUUCUUUAAAACUCUUACUGACAACGCUGGUGACUUCCGGACAGGGGGGGCUGGCAGCGAGGUCUGGAACCGAGUUUACAUGAUCGCCCCAGUUAAGAAAUUUGGCCGAGUGAGACUGAGUACCAUUUUCCUUCAAAACAAAUAUGACGGAGAAUGCAGACAUGGAGGGACGAUGAGUUUUUGCUCGGUUUUGAGCUUUCCCGCGUCCAAACAUCAAGAAAAGGUUUUCAAGAACAUUUUUAAUGGAAUUUUUGGACAUCAGGAGGCGUGAUAUAUGAACAGUUCAUGGGUGACUACAUGUAGUGUGAUUCGGCAUCUCGGCAAGUUCAGUUUUUUUAUAAUUUUCGCGCAAACAGCCUAGCUAGUCUCCAUCUCUUAUGUUUUUCCACCUACAGUGGUAUUAAGAACUCUCUUCCUUAUCCUAAACAUAUGCUACGAGCUCACUAUAUUAGUAUGAGUCUUGCAACAGUCAUAUGGGAAUGUUCAUUAAACCAAUUUUCUACUUCGCUGUUCGUAAGUUUGUUUGUUAACCGAGAGCCACAACAAAUAUUUAUGGGCGAAAAUACAGAAUACAGGGCCAGUUUAGUGAAAGCCAGGGUAAAUCUUCCAGUCACUUUGCUUCACAUAUACUGGGUCUGUCAGUAUGAGCUAUUUUUAACAUCAGAAGGCUGGGAGGGUUUCACUGAACCUUCAAAACCUUCACUCGGGAAUAUCAUUGGAGUGAUAAUCAAUAAAUUUCCAAUAACAGUACUGUAUUUAGUAGUUUUGUAUUAGAUAGUGACUUCGGUUUCAAGUAUUUCCUUGAAAUUGUUUGUACAAAAAUUACCCUGUAAUUCUGAAUUUUGCUUGAAAUGAUUAUAAUGGUUUAGUGAGGGGACAAGAGGCUUAUAUCCAGUUGCUAAUAAGAGUGAGUACAUCAGAGAGGUGUAUGCAUUGAGAAAAUCCCUUAAAGGACUGAAGUACAAGAAACAGAAAAAAGAAAAUUGAAUGUUUUGCAAAAUUUAUAAAGAGAAUCAGAAGGAGCUUGCAAAAAUGUACAACUUCAGUUGUUUGUUUAAGUUAUGAAUUUGAUUUACAACAAAAACAAACAGGGUAAAAUUGAUUUUAUAUCAACCAUCAAAAGAAGUUAUUGUCCCUUAAGCCUACUACCCUUGGCUUAUUUGGCCUAGAUGGGUAUGUGUUGCUGAUUUAGGAUGGUGACCAUUUCACCCUGUAGAGUUUUGAACAGGGCGUCUGUUUGGGCUGUGAAGGUUGAUGAAGAGCAGUCUAUAGUUACAUUUUUGGUACCACCAUUUUUUCCCCAAGUUUUUUCCAUGUUUCUAAGUUUAAAAGCUAACUUAAUUCUGUAUGCUAAAUGCAAUGAAUCAGAAUUAUAAAAUAAGGUCUCUUGGCUUAAAAAGGGUAGGGAAAUAAACAAUGUGUCCUACUACCCAUACUCUCUUUCAGUGCAAGCCCAGGGAGGUGAUCUCACAUUAAAUGUGAGAUCACCUCCUUGGGCUUGCACUGAAUGUUUAUGGUCUCUGAAAAAGGUUUUUUCCUGCCUCAACACAAGUUUCCGACUGUUAUUCAGUUAAUUACAAAUAAAUAUAUUAAUAGUAUGAUUUUACAUUUUUUUUCCAAGGCAUCCUCUGGUGUUUUUCAUAUCCAGUUGGGAGGAUUUGAUUUCAUUAACUACAUUUAUACAUAGCACAGACACAAACGGUGUAAAAAAUUACGUGCAACUGUAUGGCAAAAACUGAUCACAGUGGCCAAAGGAAAGGCAAAAAUAGAAAUGUCACCAUUUUCCUGACUUCAGGGGGGGGCUGGCAGCGAGGUCUGGAACCGAGUUUACAUGAUCGCCCCAGUUAAGAAAUUCGGCCGAGUGAGACUGAGAACAAAUUUUCCUUGAAAACAAAUAUGGCGGAGAAUGCAGACAUGGAAGGACGAUGAGUUUUUGCUCAGUUUUAAGUUUUCCCGCGUACAAAUAUCAAGAAAAGGUUUCUAUGGACUUUUCUAAUGGACCUUUUGGACAUCAGAAGGCGUGAUCUAUGAACAGUUCAUGGGUGACUUCACUUAUCGUGAUUCGGGAUCUCGGCAAGUUCAGUUAUUAUUAAGCUUCGUGAAUUUUCGAGCGACCAUCUUGCUCCAUCUCUUAUAUUUUUCCACUUACAGUGGUAUUAAGACUCUCCUCCUUAUCUUAAACAUAUAUUACGAGCACGAUAUAUCGGUAUGAGUCUUGCAACAGUCCUACGUGAAUGUUCAUUAAACCACUGAUUUUCUACUUCACUGUUCGUAAGUUUGUUUGUACACCGUGAGGAACAACAAAUAUUUAUAGGCGUAAAUACAGAAUACAGGGCCAGUUUAAUAAAAACCAGGGUAAAUGUUCCAAUCACUUUGCUUCACAUGUAAGCCAUUUUUAAUAUCAGAAGGUUGGGAGGGGUUUACUGAACCUUCAAAGCCUUCACUGGAAUGUCAUUGGAGUGAUAAUCAAUAAAUUUCCAACAGCAAUACUGUAUUUAGUAGUUUUGUAUUAGAUAGUGACUUCGGUUUCAAGUAUUUCCUUGAAAUUGUUGGUACAAAAAUUACCCUUUAGUCAUGAAUUAUACUUGAAAUGAUUAUAGUGGUUUAGUGUAAGAACAAUAGGCUAAUUCAGUUGCUAAUAAGGGUGAGUACAUCAGGAAAGAGUAUGCGUUGAGAAAAUCCCUCAAAGGACUGAAGUAAAAGAAACACCAAAAAAACCUGAAUGUUUUGCAAAGUUUAUAAAGAGAAUCAGAAGAGGCUUGAAAAAUAUACAACUUAAGUUUAUUGUUUGUGUAAGUUAUGAAUCUGAUUUACAACUAAAUUAUACAAGGUAAAAUUUAUUUUUUAUCAACCAUCAAAAGAAGUUAUUGUUGGGCUCGAACCCCGUCCUCUCAGCAGUUGUUUCUACGUUUAAUACUACCCUUAGCUUAUUUGGCCUAGAUGGGUUUAGGGUGGUGACCAUUUCACCCUUUAGAGUUUUGAACAAAGUGUCUGUUUGGGUUGUGAAGGUUGAAGAAGAAGCGGCCUAUAGAGUACAGUCUAUUGGUACCACCAUUUUCCCCCCCAAGUUUUGCCAUGUUUCUAAGUUUAAAAGCUACCUUAAUUCUGUAUGCUAAUUAAAAAGGAAAUGAAUCAGGAUUAUAAAAUAGGGUCUCUUGGUUUAAAAAGGGUAGGGAAAUGCACAAUGUGUCCGACCACCCAUACUCUCUUUCAGUGUAAGCCCAGGGAGGUGAUGUCACAUUUUAAUUCCCUUUUACCACUUGCUGUAACAGCAAAGUCAGUGAAGGUUUAUGGUCUCUGAAAAAUAUUUUUGCCAGCCUCUCCACAAGUUUCUAACUGUUAUUGUUGACUGCAAAUAAUAUUAUCUUCAUAAUCAUUUUACAUUUUUUUUCCAAACCAUCCUAUGGUGUUUUCAAUAUCCACUAGUACAAGGCAAUUUUUAAGUUGAGAGGGUUUACUUUGACUUAAUUAACAGUAAACUACAUUUUUACACAGACACAAACUAACCUGGCAGGUUGAUGUCCAAAGGUGUAAAACAUUACAUGCAACUAUAUGGCAAAAACUGAUCACAGUGGCCAAAGGAAAAGCAAAAAUAGAAAUGUCAUCAUUUUUUUAAUUUUAUAAAUUCCCUGCCUUUGAAGCAUAUUUAGCCAGAUGUGGUCCUUGUCAAAACAUGCAAACUUGAACAUUUAUUUUUUGACCUUAGCUAAUCUUUUUUAAACCAUACUUUUGUUCCAGUGGGUAGUGUAGUUUUUGGAAUAAAAUAUUUAUAAUUUCUCCCUCUUUGUUUGCAACAAAACAAAACACAAUUGAAUAAGGACUCAAACUGAAGGCAGUGUAGUAACCGCUGUCAUGAAAAGAGAAUUCCAAACACACAAAAUAAUUACCCUUUCAUUUACCUAUAUUCAUUUCUUAGAAACUACGGUAAAGUUUAAAUUAAAUCACACGAAGAUAAGAACUUUAUAAGCUUAUCAAGAGUGAAUGAUCUCUUAGCAAAAUUUAUUUAGCUUCUAGUACAUAACAAAAUACAUAAACUACGAGAUUUGACCAUGCCACUCAAUCAUCCAACGCAACUCUGCCAGGAUAAGUUCUCAAUCAAGGAUGAAGAAUUAAGAAUCUCAAACAUCAUUUCUUAAAGGUGUAAUAAAACCGUAAACAACUCUGACAACUCUUUUACUUAACCACGGCCACCGCGCUUUUUUUUAAUAUCACGAAUGAUUAAUUUUCGGCCUUUCACUUGAAAAUAUAAACUCUUCUACGUACGCAUUGGAGGGUUGGCCCUUGUUCUAGUCUUGUGGGUAUUCUACACAGAAACACAUCUUGAAAGCCUAUAGUGAGCCAAAAGGUCGGGCAUCGAGGAAAAUGUACAAUGACCGUUCACUGGUCUCGUUCUUAGCGUAGUAAACCGCAUGUAAUGACAAACGCAAGACCAGAAGAAAGGAAAACGUAAGCACAUUACUGCCAAAAAAUCGGUUACAGCAAGGAAAGCAAUGACCAACAGGACCAAAAGCAAAUUCACUUCGCACUGUCGAAUCGCUGCGAAGACGAACUUCUUGGUGUUGCUAUUGUUCCUAACCUGUUUCGCGCAUGCUCGCUACAGUUCUCGAAUGAUUGACAGAUUUCUUAACUGGGGCGAUCAUGGAAAGCCGAAAAGCGGCAAGAUCAAAGGCCGUUGCCAGCCCCCCCCUGCUUCCGGACAAUGAACUGAUUUACCGUCAUUUACCAAUCAUUAUUAAAUAAUUGAAAUAAUACACCAUUUUUUUGCACUAUAUUCUGUUAUUAGGCUCAGUGCAGCAUUGUAAGUCUCACAAAGGAUGUUACUAAAACGGGGAACGGGGAGCGGGGAGCGGGGAACGGGGAACGGAAGUCUGGGAACGAGUUGUCAGCGGAAACCGCCAUAAAAAUCCAAAAUGGCCGGUAAGGAUCAAGAACCGGGUAAGAUCGAUGAUAGAGAAGCGUCGAAACAACACUUAAGGUCGCUAUUUUACUAAUGAACUAUAUGCUCAUGAGGUUCUUGAAAUAAUACGGAGGUAAUAAUGUCAUGACAUUUUGCACCUUUUUGCGUUUUACUAAACAACAAAAUAUGCUUCAACAGCAGUUUAAAGAAGCUACAGUCGGGACAAAAACUCUCAAAGUACAGCCAUAUUUGGAACUCAAGCGAAUCUAUACUGGGUCUAACUCACAAAGCAAUGAAAUACUUUUGCUUGACGCUUUUAGUAGGGUUUUGGCUUAAAUACAUGCUGAAAGAUAACGUAGAUCGAAGCAGCCAGGUGUAUUUCCUCGACAGUAAUUGUGUAGCAGUGGAGCUCCUUCCUAACAGUAGCGUUUUUUCAAGCCCAAAUUAAAACAUGUUGGCGAUGAGAUAAAACUGUAAGUCUAAUAAUAUUAUAUUUACAAACCUAUGAUGAGAAGUAAGUGCAAUUGUAUUAUUUGAAAAGAUAAGAUGGAUCAGGUUAUUUAAUACAUCAAUAAAAGGCAACUUUAAACAUAUUAACGGGCAAUGUGCCAGGAACAUCAAUCAUACCUUGGUCUUAAAGAUGUCAGUUGUUUCAAAGCAAAUGGCUAUGCUGUGGUUUUAUUUUAUUAUAACCUAGGUGUAAAUUUUGCUUCCCUUUGUUUGGGGGUAGGGUAAUAUGAAUUUUAUGAUUAUGAGUUCAAAACAAAGAGAAUAAAUUUCAAACUUAGGAUAAAAGUGAACCAUAACUGAACUGCAAUAUUAAGUGUUGCAAGUAUAUGUGGGGGAAGUACUUUAAAGUCUUUGGUUGGAAGGUACUUUGUAAAGGCUAGCUGUUAAAAUAUGCGUGGUAAGUAUACUUCCUCUGUUUAGCCCUCUGGAUGCUUUGUUUUUUUUCUAGGGGGACUCCUUUAAUGUUUUUGCAGAGGGGAGCUCUGCUUCUCUUUAAUGAACAUUAUUUUUACUGUGGAGAAAAAUAUUUCAAGCUCAGUGUAAAACUGAAUGUAUCAGUGACUUAAACCAGUUAAUAUUGUCAAGCUGCUUUAUUAGCUUGAUUCAGUAAUAUUGCAGUGCACCUACCAUCAAGCAUCACAUCAUCAAUGUUGCAGAGGUUGGCAGCUUAUUAGAAGGUGGUUGAUAAGCCUUCAAGCAAGCUGUCUGUAGUUUUGGAAAUAAAGAGUCUAAGGUCUCACACAAGUGAUGGGAGGCAAAAGAUUGGAGUACCGAUAUGUUUUUCAGUAAACACGCGCAACUGUAUGUGUAUAGUGGCCACAUUAUGCUUACUCAAUGCAUGUAAAAUAACACAAUAGAUCUUGCUACCCAUUUUCCCUGAUUUUAUUUCCCCUCCAGGGGACAUAAUUUCUUUUAACAUAUCGGGGUUUUCAAAAAAGGGGCAAGAAGCUUUUAAAUGAAUUUUAAUUCAUUUAAUUUAAGCACAGUAUCAAAGAAAUUAAAGAGAAGAAUCAGACUAGAGUAACAGUAACCCAGAGGGGAGGGUGGGUACUCACCAAAGAGGCUCUGCCCCAGGGACCAACCCUUUACCCUUUGUAUGUACCAUUUUAGACAGAAAAGGUACCCCUUUUGUAUACCCUCUAGUGACAAAUGGUACCCCUUUCACAUACCUAAUUUUGAAUGCUGCAUCCCUUUUUAACUGCUGUAAAUACACCAUCUUUACAAUAUGAAUAAAUAGCUAAAACAGGUUUUCUUGUCUCUCACAUCCAUAAAAUGCAUCUGUGACUGAUCUCAUUUUGGUCCCUUUCAUAUACUUCAACUAUAAAAACCCCUUCCCUUUCAUGUACCUGAAGCCUGAAUAAGGCUUCAGGCUCUGUUUAGGCCAUUAUAGUACCCCCUCCUCCUGCACCGAGAACAGUACUUGAUACAGCGAUAUUGUAUGGUAUGAAUUGCACCAAACGUUUCGUGCCCAUGAAGAGGUAGGGGGGUGGGGGGUUAAUUGAGGAUCUGCAGUGAGUGAGAAUGUUGCAUUCAAUGCAAUCCAAUGGUUUUGAUUCAGGAAAGGGUCAUCAGGGGUAUUUCGCAGAAAGACAAAUGGCCACUGUACGACUUUGAAGCAGUUACUGAUUAGGGUGAGGAAAAUGAGUGAAUUAGGUUUCAUUAGGGUCAUUAUACUGGUCUAUACUGGGCAAACUGACCUGAAACAAAUUGUUUCACAAAAUAAUAAACUGAUAUUAUUUUAUUUUCAUGGAUCAGUGAAACACUCCAAUAUCGUGAAUGCUUGCAGUGUAGUAGAUCUAAUAAUAUUAAAAGCAGAACCAGAUUGUUAAAGUAGUCUCACUAAUUAUGUGAUGACCUGGUCAAUAACAUUUUUCAAAGCAGUCUACUCUAUCAAAGGAAAUACAAGAAAACUGCACACAAGCUACUUAACUACUUCGAUGUAUGUUAUCUAUCAUGGAAAAGUAGUUAAUUGCUUUGUGGGCUAGACUCAGUAUAGAUUCGCUUGAGUUCCAAAUAUGGCUGUACAUGUGCUUUGAGAGUUUUUGUCCCGAUUGGCUUUUUUCAACUGCUGUUGGAGCACAUUUUGUUUCCUACGGAUAAUUGUUUAGUAAAACGCAAAAAGGUGAAAAACGUCAUGAAGUUAUUACCUCCGUAUUAUUUCAAGCACCUCAUGAGCAUAUAGUUCAAGUAAAGUAACGCCGUUAUUGGUUAAGUUUGUUUCGACGGUUCUCUAUCAUCGAUCAUCGGCCAUAUUGGAUUUUUAUGGAGGUUUCCGCUGACAACUCGUUCCCAGACUUCCGUUCCCCGUUCCCCGCUCCCCGCUCCCCGUUCCCCGUUUUAGUAACAUCCGUCUCACAAAUGCACUGAGAUGCUACAAAAUAAACGUUUGGUUGAUAUUAUUAUUAUUUUUUUUCUUUCAGUGGACACUGCCUUGUUGCAAGGAGUGAAGAAAUUUUUCAACAUGCAGAAGGUGAUAUGUACGAUAACUUAUUUCAGGAAUUAUUUGAAAAAUUCAGUGACACACUGAGACAUUCGGCAAAACCAUCAAGUACUAUAGAUCACCAUGGAUACUGUAAGUUUUUCCAGCCGAUAAAAUAUGCAAAGCUCCAAUCUCUAUUCUCGGUUUGCACUGUCACGCAAUGAAAAAUAAAAAUGCAAACCAUUCAAUACAGAACGUCUAGAAUCAGAAUCAGACGUCAGAACGUCUGGGAAAUGAAAGAAGAUAAAUAUACAAAACGUCUUGCCAAAAAUCAGGUCUGUUCAAUAUUUCAAAUCCGAGAUUCGGAAAAACGAUUUAGCCAAGUUGGAGUCCCUUUCAGGGACGGCAUAGCCGCCGGAUACCAACAGAAACAUCUGUUUUCGAGUUUUCCUACUAAUGCUUGAAUUUUUCGCUUGAGGAACUCAUAAAGAUUAAAGUAAUAAUUAUUCUGCGACAAGGAAUGUUUAGAUAGCAAAAUCUCCCGAAAUCGGAAAUGUUUUUAACCCACAUAAGAGCUCUCCUGGCAGUCAGCUAAAUGCCGCGUCACGCAAAAGCCUAGAACUUCAAGCGUCCUCUCUCGCAAAACGAAGAACCCUUUGGAACCAAAAAUUUGUUUAUAUAAAGGUGUUUAUGUGCUGUAAUGCUUCGUGAAGGUAGAAACUCAGAAGAAUUGAUAGUUUCUUCGUUUUAUUUUCAGCGACGUCAGGUGGAAACCGAGACACUGCCGAGAAUUAACCUGAUUAACCACUGUAUAUCCUUAAUAUAAAUAAGACAAACACACUCUAUCAAACCUAAGUUCAAUUUCUUUCUCUAUCUUAAUUACAGGAUGAUGAAAAACUUGUAGAUCCUUACGUUCGCUUUACUUUCUGUGGAAAGGAGGUAAAAUACAGUAAAACCUUGUGAUGAAGAACUUGGGCCCAGUUGUUCGAAGGCCGAUCGCAAACCCGGGGUUAAAUUUUAAUCCGUUUUUUUUUUCUUUUGUUUAAAAGCAUUUUCUCGGAUAUUUUUUCCCUAGUCGUUUUAGAGCAUCCAAUUACCAAAUUGCAGACCAAAGGAAUUAAGCUGAAUUUGCUUUUUUAAUCUCGAACUAACCCUGGGUUAUCUUAAUCCCGCUUUCUGGAUUUUAAGAACCUGUUAGGUUAAAAUUUACCAGCUAAACCCCCUCUAUAUGAGAACCUAUUUCGCCAAAAAUUGAAACAGGUUCUUAUUUUCUAAAAUCUAUAAAAAAAAACAGUCUGUACACUUUGGCAAUCAAGUUAAGGCAACAUUUAGAAUCCUCUUUGGAGAUAUGGGUGCCUCAUCACUUCAAACUGCAAUGCAAUGGUAUGCAGAUUUUAUAUGAGAAAAGCUGAACCACCAAAUACUCUUAGCUACAAUGUAUUUUUUUUUUCUCUUCGGAAAAUAAGAACCUAUUUAAGAACCUAAAUAGACUGAACUUGUUUACCUGUUUAGGCUGACUUGGAAAAAUCCAGGUUCAGGCAGCAAAACAGGCAGACAAACGUAAUACCGGAAUUUUUUGUUUCAACGUAUGGCAUCCAGCAAGAUUUAGUGAUUAAACAAAAACAAAAACUGCACGGAUAAGAGAUCAAUAACCAGAGUAUAAUACCAUCAACUGAUCAUGAGGUGCAACUCUCUCCACACAGAAUUGUCGAAACACCAGUCACUGUCAACAACAACAGUCCUAUUGAGGACUAUGUUCACCCUGACGAUCAAUCUCAACCUAUUUUUGAAAUAACUCCUUGGUUCAAAUCUUUCACUGUUUUCUUAUUGUUAAAAGCUGUGCAAAUUGACAUAGUUGGCUAUAAUUCUCCCUAUAACUUUAACAAAUCUUUGCCUAUAUUUUGCCUAUAAUUUUGAAUUACUGCCAAUUAUUAUUAUCUGAAAUAACUUGGCCUUAACCUGUUUCUUUCACGUUUAGAACCACACGUCAGUUAAAUACAAGACAGAUUGCCCUGAGUUUAAGGAGAUCAUAAGAGUUCCUUUCAAGGUAAUACCAUCUUCUAAUUGCUUGUUACUUCACAACGAAGGUUCUUUUGUAUUUAAUAUGAAAGUGCUUCCAUUCUUCUUUUGGUUUCAGUUUACAUUUUUACUUAAAGUGAAUACAAUAUAAAUUUAAAAAGGUAGAAGCACUGGGCUCAGCAGCAGCAUAAAUACGGAAAGCACCCCAAGUUAGGAACAGGAACGUCCUUGAUGUCCUUACAUUAAUUUAUUAACAUCGCGAUUUGAGUUUCAGGGUACAUUGCUGUCAAGCGUACUGUACGUUAAGACCUACAAUCUUGGACAGAUUAAAAUGGAACGGCAAACCCCCGUACCCCGCCAAAUCAAGGAGGAUGGAGCCGCGCGAAGGGCAAAAACGCGCCAUUUUCCCCUCUUUGAUUUUGGGGAGAGGGCGGCAGUGGUUGUAGGUUUUCCAUUCAUGUUGUCCAAGAUUGUAGGUUAAGCCAAGGCUAAAAGCGGAGCUCUUGCUGAAUUAUGCAAACUGUUUGGGAAACGCUCUUUAAAAAUAGCAAAGAAAUCAACCAAAUAUAGCUUUCCCAAAUAAAUACACUCUCUUGACCACGAUCCAAUAAAACUUAUCACCCAGCUAACAGACAACUUCAAAACAUGUGUGACCUCGAUAGGUAGUGGAGCUGACACUGCGAUACUGAUUAGUGAUUAGAUCAGAGCAUGCCCCAUUUUCACCGCCACCAACUGAAUGUGUCAUGAAUGGCAUACAUGUAACCCCGAACCGCAGUGAAUUCUCAUACAUUGCACAUUGGUUUACAUGUAAUGAAUGGGCGGUCGUACGUUUACGCCGAUUUUUUUCUUCCCCAUGCUGCUAAGCGCACGCGCCUUCAAAGCUCUAAAAUCCUCAAUCCACAAGUUUGAAUGAGAAUUUAUCCACCCACCGUAUAUGACAAUAGGAGUUAGAGAUUUCAGAGUUGUGAAUUUCAAGAAUUGUGGCAGUGCUGGAGGAGAAAAAAUGGUGGAGUAAAACAAACAUGAACAAAGGUCGUUUUGUUCUUAGAGUUGAUAGAUUUACCUCGGUCCUCAUGAUGGAUGUUCCUCUUGUCUCACGGAUAAUCAGUGUCAAUAGGUUAUGACUUUGUCUAAAAACAAUUAACAUGAAACUAAUAAUAGAAAUGAUUGUUGAUCUGAAGUAAUAAUUCCCAUUAUUUUAACAGUUUCCAUCCAUGUGCCGACGGUUGAAGCUGCAAUUAUUUGAUUGGUAAGUAAUUAUUGCUGUGCUUCGAAUUGAAUUGAAUUGAAUUGAAAUGAAUUAAAUUGAGAGGAUCAACAAUAGUAUUGGCCACUCCAGAAAAUACCAUAACAUACCAUAAUGCUUUUUGAUUGUCGCCCCAAAGUUUUGCAUAAGCAUUGUCUUCAGUUUCUCUUGGGAGUUAAAAUGGCCCCAAGAGAAACUGAAAACAAUGCCUAUGCAAAAUUUUGGGGUGACAAACAAAGAACAUUAUGGUAUGUUAUGGUAUUUCUGGAGUGGUCAAUUGUAUUCAUGAAAGUUACUUAAAUACGAAUUUUGUGGUAUUUUAGGGAUAGAUUAACUGAGGAUGAUUGCAUUGGCACAGCACAUAUUUCUCUAGAAUCAAUCUCUGGACAUGGAGAGGGAGGUAUUAUAAGGAGAAGCGUUAUUCUCCAAAUCUAAACUUUAUGUUACCCAAUAGACCAUGGGACACGAGCACGAUCGGAUAUACUCGCUCAGUAUUUAUGAGCUCUUUUCGGACCAAGUUUUCCUAAAAAAAGAUUGUAAUGGGAAAAAAGAUCGUUGUGCCGUGUUCGGAUGAAAUGAUGAUCGCCUUUUUCCCGAGAAAUAUACAGUGGAUUUCUCUUUAAAUACUGAGCGAGUGCCCCCUGAGUAUCCCACAAUACUCCUUAAAUCUAAUGAAUUCAAUAUGGUCUCCGUAUCGGUAAAAAGGUCUAUUAGUAGAGACCCUAAUUUUUUGGAGUAGUAAUUUCAGUGAACUGCAAUUAAUUUCCAACCUCACGAGCCACAGUUUAAUUGAAUUCUGAAACCAUAUUGUGGUAACCUGCGCGCAGACGAAAUUAAACUCUGGUUAACUCAGAGUUUAGUUAUCGUCUGCACGCUUGCUAUAUCGUGGGGGCACACCGGACGAUUGAAAACAAAUGGCAAUGUAUGAAUGAUGUAGAUGAUCAGCGCCACAAAAUCAAUUCUCCUAAGUUUAUUUAAAAAGAAACCUCAACAAUUCGUUUAUAUAAUGAAAGAUCACGUCCUUUGGUUACUUUUGCGUUGAAGAGUCGAGGCUAGAAAUACAGAAAAAUUCCUUCUCUUAAUUUGAAGCAAAACCUUGGGAUGAGACACAUCCCUACGUAUUCCCUGUAUUAAAGAUCUCCCCGUAAAAGAGAAUUCACAAUUAUACUAAUUCACAGAAUGCUUGUUGAUAUGUUGAAAAUGGAAAGAAAUUAAAUUGAGACCCAAUGAUAGUUUAAAAAAGUAGAAUUCACAAUCAAAAUUUCAAAUUUUGUAAUAGAUAUGCUUUCUAAGUUCAUUAGCUCCGGGUUUUUUUUUUUAGGUUUUCUGCCCACGUUUGGCCCUUGCUGGAUGAAUUUCUAUGGAUCACCCAGAGAGUUUUCUGAGCUUCCAGACGAGUACGAUGAUCUAAAUCUGGGAAAGGUAAGCUCUCAUGCAAAACUUGAUACCACUGUAACGAAAGAAUCACCUUUUUUAAGUUAUUAGAAGACUGACGUCAAUUUUCCCAUAGUUAACACAAGUGAUAAAACUAAUGACGUAAAUUUUCGAAAUUAAGUCGUUGGUUGUUCGUUAUUAAAAACGUAACCAGAGGAUGUAAGGUCUUUGUCCUGAGAGCAGUCGUUUCUCCAGGCAGGACAGUACGCUAAAAAGAUAGAGAAACCACUGCGAGCGACCUUUUGCUUCUUUGAUCGAGCCACCGUCCACCGCCAUGGUGGACAAGCAAAACCAGUUUAAAAAACAUGAUCAAAUUAAAAUGAGAGAUUAUAUGGACCGCCGGGUUACCCCACCUGAGCGGGUUACAUCACCUACCUAGGGUCCCCCAUCUCCACGUAAACAGGUCCUAAAAGUAUGUGUCAAUUGCACUUCAAGUGCACUUAACCCUCGAACGUUUCGAUCUUAAAGCGAACGUAAAUGGCACCUCGAUGAAGGUGAAAUACUACAUUGGCUGUUUGACGCAUAUGCCGUUCACGUUUAAGAAAUAAGAGAUAGCUUCAUGCGUCCUGGCUCUGUUGAACUACUUUUGUAUUAUCCAAAAAUCCAGCUUAGACUACAUUCUCUUAGUUCGUGAGAUUGGAGUUGGGUAAUGGGCCCAUUACCGGAUUGUUAUGGCGUUCCCUAAUUACAGAGUUCCAAAAUGGGUUGCGAAGUUUAUGGUGCAGAGUAUCAUGGCUCUAUUGAAAUCUUUCAGUUUAACGUUUUCAAAUCUCGAUCCUCUUCCAUUUAGGCCUGGAAGCACUGCAAAUAAAUCAUAGACUCUGUCGAUGUCGACUUUUUAAUUUCAUUUUUUAUACGUCGUUUCACAGGGCGAGGGAGUGGCAUAUAGAGGAAGGUUAUUAGUACAGUUGGAAAGCAAGCUGGGAGAAGAAAUUGAGAAGGAACUGGAAGUGAUGAAACCAGAUGAACUUAUCCGUGUGCAGGUAGAAAAAAUCUCUUUGUUUCAAACUGCUGAAAGAAAUUGUACCUUUUUUUAAUAUAUAAACGCACAUGAAACACUAGGUGAGCUUUGCGCGAAAACAUGAUAUCUUCACACGGGGAAAGAUCACCAUUGCCUUGGCUACAUAGUACAUCGGGCCUUUCGCAGCAGCAGCAAAAAAAAAAAAAAUUAAAGAGAAAUGGUUUGGUGUUUCCUUGGUGUUUAUAUAAUGAAUAGCACAUUACAUGGCCUCUGGGAGAAACGUAAUUCCUCUAUUUGUUUCUAAGCACUCGAAGAGAAAGGUCUUCCUCCGCGCGGCCAUGUAAUAUCGCCUACGGAUAUUGUAAAUGACAGGGCAACGUUUUUUUUUUGGUAUUAAAUGUAAUAAACUUGAGUGCUUCUCGAACAACCUCUUUUGCUCAACCAUGUAUUUCAGCUGUCAAAACAUGUUUUAGUUAUGUAGUAGUGGCUGUGACGAUCGAUAUACUACUAAUGGGCCGUUGGAAGUUGGAAAAAGAACUACAAUAAGAUGCAAAGCCAAGCAUUUGCUAUUCAACAGAAAAAGCUGAAUGUUGAUUAUGUUUCUUUAUGCUGCGAAAAGCAGACAUGUAUGGAGUUAAGACGUUCUUAUGGAUCUAAACGCCUUCUCACAACCUCAGUGGCCUGAAAAAUUCAAUGCAUCCCAUUUUUUUUUUGUUUACUAGUUGUUGUUGUUUAUUUCUUUUAAUUCAGCAUUCAAAAUUGUAAAUAACUAGAAAGUGAAUCAGCCUUAAGUUGCACUUCAAGAAACUCUGCUAGUUAAAGUUGUGGUUAAGGCUAAGGGACGAUUGAUUGAAAGUCUAUCAGGCAUUGGGCUCUAACUAAUUGACUUCAUCAAAGCUUGUAAUAAUACCUUUUUUCCGUGGUUCUUUCUUUGUGGCAGCCAUAUCUUAGUCGCAGCAAGUAUAAACUGUUCGCUUGCUUCUAUGAGGCUACGAUGGUGUUUGACGUAGACGGACCUGUUGAGUUUGAAGUCAGCAUUGGUAGGUAGAACUUAACGUUUUACCACAAAUAACUACAUUCAUCCCUUUUGUGGAUCCUUAUAUUUCUGACGCAACUUCCGUGCCAUACGACGUAAUCACGUCGCCAACUAAUCCUAAUAUCUCCUCCAGUUUCAUCGUUAAAGCUUAGAUACUUAAUUAAUCGACGCAAGUGCAUAAAAUAAGAUUUGUGCCACUAAUUUUUGCAUUUCCAACUCUUCAGUGCUAAUCUAUUUUAAUUUUAAAGUGAAAAUAAAAUGUUUAACUUCUUCGUCUACAAAACUGAAGUAAAUUCAUGAUUGGUAGCCAUCUUAGGACCUAUGCAGCAUCAUAUGGUACCAAGCUUUAUUGCUUACUACCUUAUUAAAUAUAAAAGCUCUUGCCUAAUCAUAAUUAAUGGGAAAAAGCAAUAAGUCAUGAGGUUCAAGUUCGCUUCUACAUCCAAGAGAGCCUUUAAUAAGGUGAUAAGUAAUGCGUAUCUUCCUCUAGGUAACUAUGGCAACAUGAUGGACGAGUCUACUGCCCCGUCAAAUACACCUCCAUGCAAUGCAGUGUACGAUGGAUGUAACUACUAUUACCUCCCUUGGAGUGGAGACAAACCGUGCGUGUGUGUUGAGAGUUACUGGGAAAAAAUCGCCUUCAGACUAGAACCUUUAAAUGCUUUGAUUAGAAUUAUUGAGCGAUUAGUAAGUAUAUCGUUCCACACUCUCUUUCUUCUCUCUUAAAGCAUUAUUUUUAUUAUUGUUACUCUAUUAUCAUUAGUUAUUACCAUCAUCAUUUUCAUCAUCAUCGUUAUCAUCAACAUCAUCAAUCCUUUUUUUUUUUUUGCAGAAAAGCAAGAUCGCGGAAGUAGCAUACAUGAUAGCCACCAAACAACCAGAAGUGGACCGUGCCUCAGCUUUGUUUGCUCUGCUGGAUCAGCUUAUUGCAGACUGUAGGUGCGAUGAAUGCUCCUUCAAACCUUCUCUCUCUUUCUCGACUUUCUGUAUCCAUUCUUGAACUAUAGGCUACGGGGCGAAUUGUUAAGCUGUUUCGACAUGGUUCAGAGACAGACUGGGGUUAAGACAAACUUAAAGCAAGGGGCACACAUACACCAACCCAACAGCCUGGCCAGUACCUCAAAUCCAUGGCUGCCACUGCCUGAGUGAUUUAAUGUGCGCAUGCGUGAGGUACUGGCCAGGCCGCGGCUUGGUGUAUGUGUGCCCUUACUUUAAGCUUGUCAGACUGGGGUUAACAAGAUUUCAACAAAGGGAAAAGGGAAAGGGGAUAGAGUUUUUCUGUGGAAAGCCGAUGAUGCCGACCGCUGUUACAUUUUAUCAUUCAAAUUAUUAUUAUUGUGUUUUGUUGUUGUUGUUGCUGAGUAUUGUUUGGCCUAUAAAGCACAAUAAAGUCGCCUUGCUAACAAAAAAAUAUACUUACGGACAAUGGAAUGCUCAGUGCAUGCGCAGUAGAGAAAAAAAGUUGUUUUCUGCAGACAAUGGUCUGCUCGGGUGCAUUACAGUUCCUGCUGUCGUCGUCCAACGGAUAACAGAGAGCUUUAGAUUUGAGGAUGAGGACGUCUACGAGUACGAUAUUUGACUUAAUGUUUUUUCACUUAUUCUCGAAGAAUAUUCAACUCAGAAGGCUUCUUUGUACUAUUAUUGGUGCGGUUAUUUUUAUUGGAGAAGGUUAGGCCUUUCCCGGUCGCAAUAUGAUUAAACUUCUAAAUUUGAUAACUUUUUCCCUCCACUACUACGUUCUCGCUAAAACUCGUUGUAGGAUGACGACGACUAUCACGUUUUCCCGCCAAAAUGACGCUGGUUGACGCGCGAGUACUACUUAGUCAUGAGAAAAUCAUCGUCCUUGUCUUAGAAUCUAAAGCUCUCUGGAAACUGUUAUAACUUCACCAGUAAUGUCUCUCGAAAGUCUCAUUGAACGUUAAUGUAUUUAUCAGGUAGCAUGGCUUUAUCUUUAUUUUUAUUAUUAUUUUUUUAGCUGAUACCAUUCAGUUUAUUUUAGCCUGAGAUCAUGCCCUCUCCCUAUUAUCCCUUUAAGUAAAAAAAAAAAACGCGUGAUCUCAGGUUAAGUUUAUUUAAGCACUAUUUCUAACUGAACUACGUCUGUGACCGAAUAAGCUAGCCUGUUACAUAAUUUUACAAAGGCUGUCAAUCAAACAUUUCUAAACAAAACAAGCAUGCAGGUUGAAUUGAACUUAGUUCACAAAAUAUUGUCAAACCGUGUCGCAGAUCAAAAGACUAUAUUGUUCCGCUAAAAGUAUCACAACUUUGCUGAGCAUUUGAAAAUCUCCUUUUGAAAAAUUGCAACCUUCUGUUAACACGCAACCCCACUUUAUGUAGUCAAGUAACCACUUUUAAUGGUUUACACAGCGAUGGUCUGCCUAAUAUCAAAGGAAAGGUGAACAGGUUAGAUGAAAAGCUUCGUGAAGAGAGGAAGGGAGAACUUGUAAGUAUACCUGUACUUUGCAGUGGUAAGGCAAUCAUUACAAACAAUAGAAGGUUCUACCUGCAGCUGAAACUUAAAAAAAGAAAAGAUAAACAAAAAUAAAUCAAAACAAAAAUUUAAAGGAAUGAGGAAAAACCACUAUACAAGACGCGAGACACCACAACGUGUCGUAAUUAAAGCAGAGAAGUAACUUCAAAACCGCUCAUGCUAGGGCCAUCACUGAAUUACUACUCAUCAUUUUCAAGUUCUAAGGGUCACACAUGCAAAUUAAAAAUGUUGCUGCAAACUAAAAAUCUUACCUGCAAAUUGAAAAUGUUGCUGAAAAUUAAAAAUAGGACAUGCAAACUAAAAAUGUUACAAACUGACAGUGAUGCCAACUCUCCCACUUUUGGCGGGAGACUUACGCUUUUUUUCCUUGUCUCCCGCUCAUGUGCUUUGGUACAUAAAUCUCCCGCUUUUUACGUCCACUAUAAAUAUUGAAUACUUAGUGAAAAAUAAAACAGACUUAGUUUGAGAUUUAGCGCAUUUUUAGCUCAAAAUUUGAAUUUUUCUUAUUCGCAGUACGAUUUCUGGGGCAUCUUUGCACUUAUUUAGUCAUUGACAAAGAUUAUUUCAAGCAUCAAAACGAUGAUUUCGAAUUUUGAAGUGCGUACAUCAUGUUAGACGUCAUAUAAUGUCCUAAGUCAUUACCAUAAAGGCCCGGUCAAUUUUACGGGGGGGGGGGGGGGGGGGGGGGGUCGUUGAAAUUCGGGGGUCUCCAGAGGUUGGCAUCUCUGCAAACAUAAGACAUGAAUGGGCCGACGGACACUUUCCAUGAACAGAAAAAUUCUUUUUCUGCCACUAGAAGACACUUUCAGGGCAAUAGCGAAGCUCGUCAUACUGAAAUAAUUGAAAAAUGAGGGAUAGGUUUUCAGGAUAACAAAAACUUAAACUCGUUACUCAUUUUCGACAGCAAUAUUUAACAUGUGGUAUAACUCUAGAUUCUCUUCAUGCUAUUUAAAUCACACAUUUAGACAUUCAUUUAAAGCAUACCUGGGAAUUGGCUUGGGUUAUGAAAGGAAAUCUGUGUGAGACACCAUCGAAGUUCAGGAAUUUUCAUUGUAGGCAGGCGGUAAUUGUGUAAACACUUCCAAUUUCGAAACGCACAAAAGUAGAUAUUUAGAGCCUAAAGGCUCGUUUUUCGUACUUGUUGUGGGUUUUCUCAUUGCAAAGUUGGUUUUUUCAACCAAAGAGUGGGGUGAAAAGGUGAAACUGGGUCAAUUUUAGCCACUUUGAAACACUGAACUCUACCAGCCGGCGACUCUGCGUGACAAUCUUUUCCUUGACUGCACGUGACAUAACAUACAUUUGAAGAGACGGAGCCGUCAAAAUGACAGUCACGGAAUCAAGGUAGUAACGCAACGGAAGGAAUUCUUGAACGAGUAAAAGCUGCCAGUCAGUUUUGAAGUAGAAAAAAUCAAACGCGCUAGUAUUCUGGUACUCACUUUUUAUCGAAAAAUAAGGACUUUAACAAUGGUAAUUCGCAAAGGAUGAGGAAACAGGAAGAUAUUUCUUCUUGUUACUUUACGAUCAAGGAAACUUGGUCACCGUUAAAUAAGUCAUUUUGGUCACUCUUCACUAUAUUUACCGGACUUCGAUGCUUUCGUUUGGAGGCUGCCUUCAGGAACCCAAGCUAAUUCUCAGGUAUGUUUUAGAUGAAUGUCUAAAUAUGUGAAUAAUCGAAGACUGGGAAAAUCUGGAGCUAUACCACAGGAAAAAUAAUGCCCCUGAAAACAACUACUAAAUUAAAGUUUUUGUCACCGUAAAAACCUGUUCUUCGUUUUUGAAUUACGUCAGUUCGACGAGUCUUGAUAUUGCUUUGAAAGUAUCUUCUAGUGAAAGAAGAAGAGUUGUUCUAUUGAUGGAAAGUGUCCAAAUUUCUCCUUGCGGCUUUAUUUGCGAACGCGAAGAGAGUUGAUGUUAGCAAAUUUCGGGUUGAAAAUACGGCCAUUUUGAGACUCCGACUACGAAAACUAAUAUUCUUACUUUUCUGGAAAAUAAAAGGCUUUUUGCGAGAAGAGCUUACAUCAGAUUACUUAUCUACCUAAAAAAGCUAUUUAUGGACCAAAAAUGAAGGAAAUCGAUUUGUCAACUCUAGCCACUCGAUGGUCGAUAUUUCCUGACCGCCGCUCUUAAGACCAAGAGGAAAAAAAAUCUGCAAAAUAUGAAAGUCCAAAAGCAAUAAAGACUGUUGAAAACUAAACCCAGCAUCUUCCAUUUGCCAUAUUAAACUAACUAUUUUCUUAAACUAGUCACUAAGCCUGAAUUUCAUCAAGAGUUACAAUAACUUUUUAAUUUAAGUAUAAUAUGACAAUUAUGCACCUAUCAAUGUAAUGCCGGCGGGGGGGGAGGCAGGGCAUAGGGUGGGGAUUUGACUUUUUUCAAAAAUUUGCAAUCAAAUUCCCUGCCCACGGGCAAAUCAUUCCAGUCAAAUGCAACCAAAUUUCCCCACCCCAGGCUGCACAUAGCUGUCAGUCCCAAGGCAGAACCUAAGAAAGGCACAAUAAAAAUAUCUCCAAAUAAAACUCUGCAAUCUUUUAUAAACUUUGCUGCAUCACCAAAGAUACAUGUUCCUGUUACAGCUGCAAUUAUACGUUUUAACCAUAAUCCGUGUCACACUGGGUAGAAUACAUAAACCUUUAGGAGAAAGUCCACAUUUUGUAAGUCUAGAUAUACCGUUCUUAGUACAGGGUACAAACAAAGUCAGUUUUAUCAGUGAUUGUGGCGAACGAGCCAUACACUAAUCAACUGUACUUGCAAAAAUCGGCUCGGUUUCUCUUUACUUCCGUUUACUUUGAUACCACAUUAUAUUAACAGGUUCAAUUGAUCAAAAACACCCUAAAACAAACGAAAUUUGAAGACAAAACAGUGAAGUCCACUCAGCCUUCGCUUGCUCUCAUUGGCCUCCAUGACUUCCUGAUCUUUUCAAACCGUAUGGCGCGUGCGUGAAGCGUAGAAGCGGGAAACAUAUGUUCGGUCUCAGUCUUUUUCGUGCGAGUCGGCAGUCAACUAUCUCCACGUCGGGCGAAGAAAGAUUCAAAUAUCCCCUCCCCCGGGAGAACAAGAUCAGUCAAAUGCCCUACCCCAGGGACAGCAAAGACAAUCAAAUCCCCACCCUAUGCCCUGCCCCCCCUCCGGCUUUACAUUGAUAGGUGCAUUAAGAUAGUAAAAAUAGAAAUACCACCUUUUUUAAAAAAACAAAAAUUUUAAAAGAACUGUCGAAACGUCACUAUGACUUUAAUGAAAUGCUCCCAGAUAUUUUGUAGAGAAGUUCGCUAAGUUUUGUGGUUUUGUGGUCAUAGGUUGAAUAGAUUUAAGAAGUUAUUCGUUACAACUUUAGGGCGCGAGUGGGGGGGGGGGGGGGGGGGGGGGUGGGGCUUUAAAAACCUCUCCCCGGUCUGAAUAGACUUAAAAAAAAUUGGAAAGGGAGUUUUUAGUUGUAUCGAAAACUAUUUUAACGCGAAUAUCUAUUAUUUUUAGGCGUCAAUCGAGCUGGAAGCCACUGAAUUGAAGGAUAAAGCAACAGAUGUGGAGGAAGCGCUAGCAGAAGUAGAAGGAUUUCUUGAACGUUUGAAGGACCUUGCCAAGGAGGUACAGUAAAUCAACAAAGGACGAAUGGGGUUAGAAACUGGGUGGGUGACCAGCUGCGAAUAUCCUGUUGAGAGGACUCUCACUUCUUUGUCAUUUUUUUUUUUUUUGCCAUUUCACUAUGUGAUUGCUUCUAUAUGCGUUUUGGAAGCAUGUUUAUUUUUUUUUUUUUUCGUUCGCGGGAAAAGCCCCAAGUUAAUUGUGAAUUUUCUUCGGUGUAACAUGAAUUCAAAGCUAUAUUCCCGAAAGAAGGUUUCGAAGGUAAAAAGCCGAGCUGAAACGCACCUCUCACAAACACGCAUAACUCGGCCGUGACCUAAGCAAACUCUUCAGUGAGACGCACUGACAAAUGUCCUUUUAUCUCGAUUUUUGAAAAAAAGACUGGUCCACAUUGAUUCAAUGUUCUUUUUAAAAGACUUUUAAUGUCCAAAUUUAUCGCCAUAACUACUUCUAGAUCACUAAAACGGCCACAAAAACAGUCAAAAACCACGGACCAACUUUGUCUCUAACUUUAUGACGCCAUUGCGGACACCAUCGGAUACUAGUAUAUACAUAGAAAUCCACGCCCAACAAAAUUAUAAACCUUCACUAUGCAAGGGCCGCGCGAGGAACAAUGCUGAGAUGACGUUUUAUUCCGCAUAUGUUUCUUUUUUUGGCAGCCUCAAAACAGCGUACCCGAUAUUAUUAUCUGGAUGAUUAGUGGGUCCACAAGAAUUGCCUACCACAGGAUACCAGCCUAUAAGGUUCUUUUUUCACCUAGAGAAGAAGCCUGUGGCCAAUACUGUGGCAAAACAAUCGAGAUUGAAAUGAAGGUACUACUAUUGUUUGAUAAAACAUUACAAACAUUUUUACUUUUCUUUAAGGGGCCGACUAUUUGACUUUUGAGGGGGUUGGGGGCGGGGGUAUGAGUGAUUUUCCCCUAAAGCUCUGGGCCCGGUUCCUUGAAAGAUGGUUCAGUUUAACCCAGGAUUAAGCCAAAUUUUAAGCAAGGUUUUCUUGCCUAAGAACAUGUCCCUCGAGCUUACAAACCAGUUGUGUCUUUCCAUGAGAUUCAGUGAUGAUAACACAAAAAGUUUUUCUAAGCAAUGAAGAGGAAAGUAAAUACAAAAAAUGGAACAAAAUUUUUAAUCCUCGAUUAAAGCUAAUCGGCCUUUCAGGAACCGGGUCCUGGUAAUAUAAUUUAUUUUCCUGACAUACAACGGUGUAAGAUUUUUUCCAGCAUUAUAUGCCAUAUCAAAGAUAUUUUUUUUCUGUGUAGGAUUUUUUUCGCCAGGUAUUUCCUUGCAAGAAGUUUUUCCCCCGAAAUCAUUCUGCGGGGUAUUUUUUUUUCUGAAAUCACCCAUACCCCUCCUCAAAAGUCAAAUGGUUGGCCCCUAAUUGUAUGAAGUGUGAGGCAUUUACCAUCUCUGCCCCUAAUUUUGCCCUGGUUAGGUCUUUUAUGCAUCAGAGGAUAUUACAUGGCCGCGCUGGGAUACGAAUUUUAUCUUCGAGUGCUGCAAGUAUCUCUCACGAGUGAGCGAAGUGAACGAGUGAGAGAUACUUUCAGCACGAGAAGAUAAAAUUCGUAUCCCCAAGCGGCCAUGUAAUGUUCUGUUUAUUUUAUAGAUACUAAUGAAAUUCCUACAUAAAACACAACUUUUUCUUUAUUCAUUUUCGAAACAGCAAAAUAGCGCAAUUAAAGUGGUCACCUAUCGCAAAAUGCCUGUCACAAAAAUGUUAUGAAACUCGGAUAUAAAGUUAUAAAGGAGAAAUAUAUAAAGACAAUGUUUGGCUAAUCAUGUUAGUAACCAUGGUGACACCAACAUCUUCACACGUGAAAGAUAAAAAUAGUAUCUUCACUGCGCGCGAUGAAGAUAUAAUUUUUAAGUAAAAGGAAAAAUCCUGGUAUUUCAUCAGUAUCUAUAUAAUAAAAAUCCAUCUUUUUCGCUCAGUGGGCAAUGUAAUUCAGUUGUACAUCGCAACUUGGCGCCCGUUUUACAUUGUUGUUAAUAGAUGCGUAAUUUAUUUGAUGAAUUUUUGCGAAAUUUUUGUUGUGUUAAUGUUUCAUGUUUUUAAAAACGUAACCUUCACUACUGCAAAGACGUUCGCGUUGUUUUUACGAAAUUUUGUCUUUUGCUUUGACCAGUACCCAGGUAAAAAAGCCCUUGAUGUCUCGGAUCACCCAGAACUCCCUGCGAUCGUGCGCGUGGAGUUGUGGUUUGGUUUGGAAAAGUAUCAGAGUAGCUGGACUGCGCGCCAGCAGAGUGAGGGAGAAUUUGGUGUCUUAGCUGAAACGGUCUGUAUAAUUUUUAAAAGCGAUGUACAUGUAAAACAGUAAGAAAGUUAACGAAUCUGUUUAGUUAACGUAUCUGUUUUUACCCUUGAUAACAUCGUCGCAGGGCGCCAUUUCUAUUGCUUAGCUUGUGAUUUCCUUUUCCUUCGGAGUAAAUAUUGAUUGGCAUUUGUUAUGCUGAGAUGGACGCAUAUUGCGUUAUCACCCUUUCCAAUAAUUAUAUUGUGCGUCAUCCCCUGAUUCAGACGCUGUAGUUCUAAAAUCCCGCAAAGGCAUCCAAUUACCCGCUAGCUGGAAUGAACACGAGAAUAUGAUAUAAACCUCUAAGGUACUGAAUGACAUUUCCAAGAGUAAAAUGAUAAGAUGCAUUUGCAGUGUCAGUAGCAAACUACAAACUUGCACGUUUAAAAAAGCCUGAAUGUUGAUUUUACUGUACUUUUCUUUGUUAGCUGCAAACACAAAGCAAUAUCUUUACUUGAAUGUUUAAAUCCCCAUCUCUUUUUAGUACGAAAACGAAAUUAAAAUUGGUUUUUGGACAAAGAAAGCAUUAACAAGACCUGGGUUUUCAAAUGCCAAUGGAGAGGUAGGAAUCACCCUUUUAAGUUCAAUUUCUUACUAUAUACAUAAACUUGCUAGCAUCUUUAAAUAGAUGUCCAGCCAUCUAUUGACUCAAAACUACAUCACUAGAUCAGCGAGGAUGACCUAAUCGUAACGUUUCUUUGGCAUAACUACACUGUAAAAUGAAAAGAGCCAAUUUGGCCCCAAAAAUGGGGCCGAAACGGGUGAGUCCAGAAUGGUACUGUUUUUGGGGCCAAUUCAGCCCCACUGAGAUGGGGCUGUUUUGGUACCAAAAUUUGGGGCUAAAUUGACCCUUGCAUCGGGGCCAAAUUAGACCAUGUAAAGGGUCAAUAUGGAAAACACUAGGGCCAUUUUGGAUUUUCCAGUAGCCAAAACAGCCCCCUCAAAUUUUGGCCCUCUUAAAAACUACCCCUCCAAAAGUAGCCGAUUCAGCCCCAUAUCGGGCCAUUAUGGUUUUUUUAAUUUGGGUGGGGGCCUACAGAUUUUUUCCCUUAAUUAGGGUAUUGAUAAAUAAUGAAACCAAACUAAGGCUUAUUUCAAACAUUUAUUCAGUUCUGAAUAAGUUACUGUGAUCUGUGUACAUCAUAACAACGCGUAUUCCAACCUAUUUAUGUAAUAUUAUCUUCGGUUAAUCUCAACUUUUCUAGAUUGAACAUUUAGAAUUAUUGGAGGAAUUAAAUUGGCCAAGAGAGACACUUGUCUUCGGUGCGAUCAAAGUAACUACUUCUUAAAACGGUUUUCACAAAAGACAAAGUCAAAAUCAUAAUCAGCAUCAUAGGAACACUUAAAACCUAUAGUGAAAAUCAAAAAUUGGAGUUGUAAAGGGUUUCAUUAAUUAAAGCUCACCAGAAUUGGAGUCAAUUAAGGUUUCUUUUAUAACUCCCCUUUUGACAACAAAAAAAAAAUAAAAGAUUGUCAGAGUUGGUCAAGUUCUCUUGCUAACAAUUCCGACAAUGUACAUUAGAUUGAAGCAAAAGAGUUGUAAGAGCAAUAAGGAACUAAGAUGCUUUAGCUAUAUCAAUUCUCAAGCUUCUGAUUAUGACUCCAACUCUGUCUACCUUGCUAGUGCGAGCCUUUAAUGACUUGACCGAAUCCUUUUGAAGGGUGGUUUUCACUCGUGACAAAGUCAGGGUCAUAGUCAGAGCACUCAUCACCUAGUGAAAAUCAAAAUUCAGAGUUGCAAGGGAAGUCAUAACUAGAAGCUUGAUGGAAUUGGAGUCAUCACAACUUUCUACUCUUCAGAUUCUGCUUAUGAUGUAGAAAACCAGAUUAAGCAGGGGUGUAAUCGUUGAAGGAUAAACCACUUACCAGUCAAAAUUCUUGUUCCCAUGCUUUAUAGUUUUCACUAGAUCAAACGUGAAGGAGUCAUAAUUGGAGUAAUUAUACCCUGUUAGUGUUAUAUCUAGAUCAACACUCUAUGCUUUUGAUUUGUACAGUUUCGACUCUGUAUCUUACUAGUAAACCAGCCCAGCCCUUAAUGACUUGGCAAAUGUCUUAAACUAUAUUUUACUCCACAGAUAUUAUGUUUAAAAAAUCUUGCCAAAUCUUGGUCUAUAAGAGUGAAAGAAAACUUUCAUGAAAAACAUUUUGACAAUUUGGCUACACCUUGCAAGGUUGUCCUGAGUUAACAUUCAGCAAGAACUGAGUUAUUUGCCAAGUCAUUAAAAAAGGGAGGAAACAUUGACAAGUGUCUACCCCAGCCCAUUUUCAAGCAAUGCCUGAUCUAGAAAAGUCAAGAUGGCUUUGCAUUGGGUGUAUGAUACAUUAAAUACAUAAAAACACCCCAGCAAUAUUAUCACUGCAUCAAUUAAUCUUCUUCUGAGGAAACUGGCAAAUAAUGCCUCCCUUUGUCACAACAAAAUCCUGAAUUUUCCUGUCAACAUCCGCAUUCCUCUGCAAUAAAAACAAAUGUUGUAAUUUUAGAAAUGAUAAAAACAAUAAUCAAAACACAACAAACAGUGCGUACACAUAAAAAGUCAGUAUGGUCAUAACAAUACUAUUGUCAAAAAAUGUUGGUUUAAUUACUUCUUUCCAGUUUUCAGGUAUGCAUGUAUGGUAUACUGUAUAAAUUAUAGUUUGUUGAAAUUAUGCUUCCUUUAUGUUAUGGGAAAAAGAAUGACAGCAUAAUUAUGUCUAAUACAUUCACACAUCAUUGAGGAGGUAAUAAUGUAUUACAGUGUGCAUGUCCUGAUACAAGAUUCUUUUAGUACAUGUAUUUCUCACCAAGUAAGAAAUGUUGCAGCUGUAAAUCAAAAUUCAUUAAGUAUUAUGUAGCCAUUAUUAUUCUGUGAGAUUUGGUGUAGUCUGGUGACGGGAAUGGCCCCCAAGGGAUACCGUCAUAACAUAAGCUAAAUUGCAUCUCAAUUUUGUCUGACUUCCACUUGUAUCUGGGCUUCCCAAGCAUUUAGGGUUCAAUGUACAGUUGAGUUUGUAGCACUCUUGUGGUAUUUUGUAUCACAAUAUCAGGAAAAGCAUUGUAUUCCCAAAACACCUACCUCUACAAUAGUGAUAAAUUCCUCCCGAAGUCCUCUUAGCACUCCGAUCAAUGCUGCAGAACCUUGUUCACUACCAAAAGGAUGCCUGCCUUUCUAUUUCUGCCAUAGGAGAAAUGUUAUUAAAUUAAAACUGGUUGACUUGGAGCACCAAGUUUAUUUACACACAGUUCUGAGUAAUUGUGGGAGCAAAUUGACUGACAGACCCUGUUACCUCAAUCACACCUGCAGAAUUCUGCAACCUAAAAUUCUAUUUCCUAAUUUUAUGUAUAACUUUAUUAUUAUAAUUCACAUUAUUCUUUCAACCCUUUAAGCCUUAAGAGUCAUCAGCAUCAAAUUUCUCCUUGUAAUAUCAAUGCUUUGUAUAACAGAGUGUUCAUGAGAAUUAUGGACAUGAUCACACAAUUGCUUGAUAUUUUAUCAACUUCUUCCCACUACUUCUGUAGGAAAUGAAUAGGGGCAACAAAUGAGCAUUCAAAUUUUGAUCUUAGGGUUAAAAGGGUUUUAAAUUUCUCUAUUUUUAAUGCAUUUAUCUUGCACUUAUUUAUCAGACAAGAGAAAUAAUGCAUUGGUAAGGUAAACCUUACUUAAAACAAAACAACUACUGAAAUCUACAGUGUAAAUGUAUAACCAGACCACACCAUCCUUACCAUCUUCUUUAGUUGAAAUGGCUUUAAGGUUUUUUUUAUUACAUAUGUUUAUCAUUCUCCCUGUUUUAAAUAGGGGACAGUGAGGGGAUGGAAGAAGUGCUUUUUAACUCCUCCACUGGCUUAACUACAGAAUACAGGGUCACUUAUUUCCUUAUCAUUAGAUAAUAAAAUUAAAAGCAUCUAAUGACCCGUUCUUCAAAGCGUUCCAACAAGGUGGACUUGAGUGACCCUGAAUUCUGUUUCAUCAAACGUGGUUAAAAUAGCUCAGUCUUUUGCAUUUGGUAGAAAGAGAGCGAAUCAGGGCGGCUUACCUGGUCUUACUAUCGGCUUUUUCCAGCAAAGUCUUGAUUCUUGGAGAGCGUUUGUUAUUAUUAUAAUUUUGUGCAGUUCAUCUUGAAAACCGUUGCGCCUCACGAGGCUUCUGUCUCCGAUUCUUCACGACGAACUUCAAGAGCGAAUUGAUGGAUCAACGACGGCUCAUAGUUCUAAAAUAAUUACUAACAACACCUUGAAUGUCCUUUGAUGCUGUCGAGAAGUAUAAUACAAGACUCCUGAUCCCCAAAGAAACUAGCAUGUUCGCAACCGUUGCAGUACUUUCAAAUGGACGCCAAAAGGACGACACCAAAGAGCAUGUGCAUAGGGACAGCCCGCUGACCAGUUGUGUAUUGUUUCUUAAAUAUGUUUUCGAUUGUUUACAUGUCGUGUCAUUUUUAUCCUGUGGCAGGUGUUCGAAAUUUUAAAAACCUUUUACUUAUGAAUCAGAAAAUAUAUGUACAUGAUGGCUGGGUCUUUGUUUGCUAUCAAUACCGAGGGAUAUUGUACUGUAACGCCCUCCCAGCGUUUAGUUUGCGUGACGCAUCAUGUAAUGUUAUCGAUAUUGAAAUCACGUGCAGAACAUUCGGGAGCGUGAUUCUAGCUUUGUUUCCGAUUUGCACCUUCGCUCGAGGCAAAGGUUCGCUCGAAACCAUGAUUUACCUUACAGUCUCUGACUGUCGUCACGGUUUUAGGUCUACGUUAAAGUUAUCUUAGUUCCUUACUCGACUAAACGGACCGUACUUUGGAUUGUGUCAGACGUGACUAUGGUUACUUCAACCGAACACCGCGGUCGCUCCGAGUAGACCUUGUUGGGGCCAAAUCGGAAUUUUAAUUUGGCUAUCGGAAGGGCCAAAUUGAGAGGAAGUGCCAAAGUAGCUUUUAGUGUAGCCGAUUCAGAAAUUAGAUGGGCCGAAUUGGUACCAUCUAGAACUGUUUUGACUCUUUCUGUCCAAAACGGCCCAGCAUGUUCCAAAUCGGCCCUCGAGAAAUUGGGGCCGAUUUGGCCUUUGGGGUCGAUUUGACUCUUUUCAUUUUACAGUGUAGAUACUGGAACGUAUCAUUCAUUAUUAACUAAGAAACCAAACUUUCCCCGCUUGUUCCAAUAAUUACGAGUGGAGUCGACGCGCGGGGUCGACGCAACCAUAUUAACCUGGCCCUUAGAAAAAAAAAUGCAGCUAUGUUUUUAUAAAAACAACCAGGAAGCAUGUUAAUGUGAUAUUUUCACUUAAAAAGACACUUUAAACUUUUUCAACAGGCUCUAGAAGGACAUGAAUGACAAUAUUCGUCGUGAAGGCUUCGACUUUAUGCUUUAUGGGCUCUAAAAUAUUCCAUAUUUUAUAUGGCACGAGACUGUACCAUAGUGUGCAUUUAUUACUUUUAGCUAUUUGAUGCGGUUAUUGCUUUAAACAGGAUUUAAGCUAUUAUACAAUAACAUCUUGACUGCACUCGAUAUAAUAGUUACCGCUGCCAAAAGAAAGCUUCCAGGCUCCCGAAGGUUGGCAAUUCGAUGGAGAUUGGUUCAUUGCACCGGAGAUGAGGUAAUUAAGAUAUGACGGGCAGAUACGAAAAUGCAAAGUUGUCGCCCGUAAUCCGUACUCCAGGGUGUUGUUACGCAUGCGUCGCAUGUAUGUAGCCAGUAUGCGUUUGGACUUCCACUAAGAAUGUAUGGAAUACACAGAACGCACUUGAAUUACGCGCGUUUGUACCAUCUAUCACUCGUAAUCUGAUCACACGUGUUUUGAUCGUCUGUCGCGCGAAACUUACGCAAAGCACAACGCCGAGGCAAAAGUGUUUUGACCUUCGAUCUUUGUCGCCCGCACUCCGUAACCUUUGGUUAUCGCUAGUAUUUUAAAAUUAACUAGGUUCUUUAGUAUAUAGGGACCUUAAGAUGGAGGAUGGCGGCGGCAGGUAAAACGUCACUUAAAACUAUAGGGAAUUCGCGAGUUUCAGUCUUUAUCGCGAUUAUUCCAACUCGCUUACUUUGUUGAAUGUAUCCGAACUCUCCUGGAGUUGAAUUUUUAAGAGCCUUAUCCAAGUUAAGAAAGAGAUGGAAAAUGCCGUCUUUGUUUGUUUACAUCCUCUAUAAAACAUGAAACUAGGCAUUUUCACGUCUUAGUCGUGCACAAACGGCAAAGAAAUGUACAAAAAAGUGUGAUGCUACUGCAAAGUUGUUGUUUUGCUUAUUAAACCUAUUGCCUGCGUGCAGACGUCUCCUAUUUCCGCGUGCAACAAAGGAAAUAGGAGACGUCUGCACGCAGGCAAUUAAACCUAUUGCUUUUAGGACGUUAUCGUUGCUGUCGCCGUCGUCUGUUCUUAAGGUCCCUAAUUGCUUCACUGAAAGCAUGAAACUUAUGGCCAUCAAUCAGGCUUUUCUGCGUACAUUCUACGUUCUUUUUUAAACCUUUCGUGUCUCUUAGCGGUACAACCUCGCUUAAGGACGCUAGGACAUUUUCUAGUACAGCACUUAAUUUCUUGCGCAUUGCUCUGAACGUUCACUGAUUGAAGGAAAGGCCCUUUAAUUUUUCUCGAUUGUCUGCUUUUAUUAGUUUAUUGUUUGACCGGGACUCCGGCCACAAGACCUUUUUGGAAGAUGCGUUUGAAAACGAGGAAAGAAUGAUACCAGGUGGGAAAUGGGGACCUGCAUCAUCACCUUGGACAGAUGUGGUACUGUGGUUUGUUUUUAGUGUUGUUGAAUUUUGUCAGGGUCGUUCCUAGUUGCGGCUAUAAGAGAUCAAUAUGAAAAUCAUUUCAGGGUUUACCUCUAAUAAACAAAUCAAUUAUACCGUAAAAUUCCGAAAAUAAGCCCCUCCUUGUAUAUGCGCCUCCAAAUAUAAGCCCCCGGAGGCUUGUACUUGGAAAAUUGCCCGGAAAUACAAAGUAAAACAAAGCAAAAACGGUAAAUUUACUUCCAACUAUAAGGCUAGCCCAAUCGAUUUCGAAACGCAAAUUUCCCUCCGUAGAUAAGUCCCUCCGUAUAUAAGCCUCUCCAAAAAUAAGCCCCUCAAAAAGAGCCCUUGAAAAAUAUAAGCGCCGGCGCUUACUGUCGGAAUUUUACGGUAACUAAAAAAGAUCAAACUUGUAUAGGGAUCGGGCAUGUUUUUGAAAGUCAUGACCACAAGAGCGUUUUUGUGCGCUGAUGCUGAUACAGUCAUGUACGAACGUGUUACACGACCUUCAUUUUGCUCAAAUAUACUAUGAUUUUUGUUCAUUUAUAUUUUUAUAUAACUUUUUUUUAAAGGUUGGCGACAAGAUCGGCGAGAAAGAAAAGAUAAGCUGUCCCGAAGGCUGGGAGUGGACUGGUGACUGGCAAGUCGAUGAUAACAGAGCUGUAGAUGACGAAGGUGUUAUGAAAGCAAUUUAGCACUUUUUUUUAUCUAAAGCUCGCAAUAUAAAGUUGUAUGUAGAAGUAUUUUACGCAUGGUUUUGAAUUUACAAUGUUGAAAUAGUUUUUUAAAUACUCACAAAUUUUCACUUUUGUAGACCUCAUAGAUCGUUAUUCAGCCCUUAGGCUCUAAGUUUUUAAGGUGAAUAAACUAUACAUCUAUCCAUUUCAUCUAUCGAGUAACGAGUUUCGAUGUGAUGCGUUGUUCUCCUGAUAAAAAAAAGAAAUCUAGUACAAAAAAUUAAACGCGAUUUAUUUGUCUUCUCGCUCCAUUAAGUGUGCUGCAGAUGCUUAUAAUGUACGUGUUUUGUUACUUAGAAUAUCGAUUAUAACAAUUAGUACAAAGACUAUACUAACCUUAUCGAUUGCAAGAAGAAAUUUUCGUGCUGAUACUUGUGUUAAAAGGCAAGUGUUAAAGAGAGAAAAAAAAAUUCCCUCCAAAAGUAUACCAUCAAGGUUCUUUAAAUUUUAGGAUGGGAAUACGCAGUCGACACAUCAUACGGGGUAUAUGGCGCAAUUCAGAAGGCAUACCAUCUAGUGAGGAGAAAACGUUGGGUCAGAGAAAGGCUACUAAAAGACCCAAAAGCUGUUGUAAAACAGGUAGUGUUAAUCAUAUCUUAAAUUCAUCAAGUUUCGUCUGACUUCAAGUUUUAAGUUUGAUUAUUUUGCCAUAUUUCAAUGCAAAUUUCGAGAUUAUAUAAACCUCAAAGCGAGUAAACCCAAGGAAAGCCAAGAGGAUUACAAGAAAUUGGCACUCUAAUUUUUUAGUGAAUUAUUAAGGUAAAAGAUCAACUCAAAUCAAUGGCAGUGCAUUGUAAUAUAUCAGAUAUUUGUUUUAAACAUAACUGGGUUAAUGAGGUGUUUAAGACUUGUUUAUAUGUAAUGUCCGAGAUGCUUCAUACGAUCUUAUCAGAGUAAUGAAGUCUAAAUGCGUUUGCUUUCAAAUGGCUGGUAAAAAUUUGACCACUACACCACUCCACCACGCCUAUUUCACGCUCUCCUUCACCCCUCUCCUUUGACGAGUUUCAAUUUUGUCCCCUAUUCAGUUGCUACUUUCUUUUGUUUAUUAACGCUUGGACGUAUACGCAAAGUCACCCCCACCCUCGGUACAAGUGGGAAUAGGGGUCGAUGGAACCCCUCCCUAGAGUUGCAGUAUUUGGAAACGAUUUUGCCUUCAGUGAAAGGCCUUUGAUCUUCUCAACAAGAUGAGGUAUAUUUUAUGAGUGUUGACGCUGCUGGAGACCUGAGAUGUCAACAAACUUGGUCACCAUCUUGGAUUUUACCAAGAGUUAGAAAUCAGGCAAAAACCGUAGCAAUUGGUGAUUUUUUGUGCUUGACAAGUAAAAAUAAUCCAUAAAUAAGUACUUUUCAUCAUUUUAUCCACAAGCUUUACUUUUAUUGUAGAGAUAAGUUGAAAUAACAUGCAUUUUGACCCAAAAAUGCCUUGACCACCCGCAACUUUUGACGUCAUAUCUAGUAACCAUUUUGACUGACCAUCACUAAGUGCGCACGAGGGAAAAACAAACAUCGUCCAGGAAAAACUCAGAAAAACCUCAGAGGGGAGUGGCAACACCCCUUCCCCCCCUUCCCCUGUACGCAUAGCCAUGCAAAGAAGGGAAAGGGAAAACCAUGAUAAAUCUAACUACAGACAAAGAGUCCAUACAGGAUCUUUAGCAUUUCGCCAGGGUGUUUACCAUUAUGAACCUUUCUUACCCAAUUUUAGAAAGAACUAGAAGAGUUUGCGAAGGAAGGAUGGGAAUAUGCUCCGAUUUUCACGGCAAAAUUCCACCACAAAGAAAGGAAAAUUGAUUUUGUUAGGCGUCGUCGGUGGCACAGAAGAAUGAGUGCAAAGGCUGGAAAAGAUGUUAAAGUCGCAAUGCCACCCGUUUGUCUUCUAGAGAUCGAAGGAGAGGUACGAUUCAAGGGAAAUAAGAAUGUCAAAACUACUUAUUAGGUGCUAGAGAAAGGUAAAAUAAAUAGAUUUGACUGUAAAACAGAUAAAAAAAAAUCAAACAAAGUUGACUGUCCGUUUUACAAUACAGUUUGAGAUGAAAGGAUCUUGUUGAUACAAACGUCCUCUGCACGAAGCGUGAUGACUAGCUGCACUCACGUACAUACACUGAAAACUACAACGCUUGAGGAAUUUUGGUUUCCAAGUGACAUCUUUUUAAACCAUAGCGUUAUUUCUUAUUUUCAUCAAACAGGAGGACAGCAAGAAUUGUUUGAGAAAUAUCCCCCGAAUGUUUGUAACAUUUAAAAGUGAGUAUCCUAGUGUUUCAAGUGUAUUUCUUAUAGUUAAAUAAAGUUCUUGAACAAAACAAGAAUUUCCUUUGUCUUCUAUGAAAUGUUAGAGCUAGGAAACUUUGGCAAUAGGACAUUUGCCCGAUGAUAUCAUUUGACUACAACUUCCAGAAUCUUAAUUCAGUUUAUUGUUUUCCAGUGUAAAUUAGGGCUAAACGUCUUAUAAAUCUCAGGGGGGUUGAUAUUCUUUUGUAGUUUUAGUUAAAACCUACGUCAGCUGAGGAGUAUUAUUUAAAACGUAUUGAAUCUAUAUGUAGGUUAUUUUACCGUGUACGCACAACUUAAAAUGUUUACUAAUUUAUUCAUUCAUUGAAUAAAUUAUGAGUCCAAAAGUUUAAUAUUUCAUUGUGAUAUUUUUGUUUUCACUAUCCAGAGCCUCAUAAAUACCAGCUGUGGGCAUACAUUUAUCAAGCACGUGAUUUACUUCCCAUGGAUGAGAGUGGAAUGAAUGGUAUUAAAGAGCUCAUCUAUCUUUGCUUCAUCUAAUGAUAAAGCUUCACCUAUGAUAGUAUUAUAGACAGUUGAUCAAACUACCCUAGGUUCGAUUGCCCAGUAAUUCCAGUUUCUAAAGCCCCGUGCAAACGGAAACAACAUUGUUGGCAAACACCUCUCAAUAUUUUUGGGAGUUGUUGCGUCCGUUUGCACGUAGCUAAAAGUUUGACCGGUUUCAAACUUAGCUCAACAACUCCUAACAACAUGCAGCAAUGCAUCAGGGUCUGAAAACGGACGCAACAUGUAACAUCCAAGAUGUUGGGAGUUGUUGGCCAACAGUGUUGCGUCCGUUUUCCUCGUAGCCUAAAGCAUAUAUCUAAAAAUUUCUUUCUCGGGUUCUAAGUAAUAUUAUUACUUCAUUUCUUUCUUUAUUUUUUAUUUAUUUAUAGAUUUAUUUAUUUAUUUUCACCAAAAAAACAAUUUAAAAAUGAUAAAUAAAAAACAGUAAAAAGAAAUAAAGAAUAUUAAAUGAUGCAAUGGUACCAGUGGUGAGAAGGCGUGAAGGAAAAUAUGAAGCUUAUCUUUGGCAUCCUCAAUGAAAUUACGUUACAAAUUAAAAAUUAGCAUCAAAGAGACAGUAAAAAGGGAAGAGAAAUUGAGAGAAAAGUAUAUUGACGAUAUCAUUAAAAUGAAGGUCAAUGCUAGUCCCACAGGAAGGCAACUGAAAUGCAUGAGAUUUUCUCAUACAAUACAGGAAACACUGACCUGCAUAUAAGAAGCUAUGAUUAAGGAGUUCAUGCUGAUCCAGUUCUUAUUUACCAAGUGAUUAGUAAGAAAUCAGCCUGAAAUGUUCAUAAAUGUUCCUAAGAUUUGUUUCAGAAAUACUAUGCAUUAUUCAUACAUUACUAGAGCUUAAUUGACAAAUGUUAUAUUACCUUUCCAAAGAAAGAAAGAAGUAAAUGUAUUCUAUUAGUUAUAUGAGUGAACAUAUCAGUUAUUGUCAGUAUUGGUUUCUCAUUCUUGUAUCCUCUUUCUUUUUACAUCAGAACAUGUUUUAAUUUAUCAGGCUAAAUUGGUUCUUACAUACGUGGUGUUUUCUUGGCCAAAUUUUAGCCCGUUGUCCUCAAUCCGCUUGUUUAUGGUACGAAUGAAUGUCUAAGUUAGCCUGUUAACUUAAAAGAGCUGAUUCAAAACGAAAAGUUAAUGUCUUAUCUUUCUCGCUAGAUGCUUACGCAAGAGUAGCAUUUUGCAAACAGAGUGAAAUUACGGAGGUUAUGACGCAGACAUUGAGCCCAACCUGGGAUCAGACGUUAAUUUUCGAUGAUAUCGAGAUAUACGAGGGAGUGGACAACGUGGCAAAGAACCCACCAAGGGUUGUAGUGGAGCUGUUUGAUAAGGAUGCUGUGGUAAUUCAUUUUAAUUUCUGUGCAUUUAUAAGAUUAUGAUUUUGAAUCAUGUCAAAUUUAAUAACAAUACUACUACUACUACUACUACUAAUAAUAAUAAUAAUAAUAAUAAUGAUAAUAAUAAUAAAUAUAAAAAAGUUAAAAUCUUUAUUACAAAACCUCAAUUAAAAUCCUAUUUACAAUCAACCUGCUGUUACAAAAAAUCUAAUUAAUUCAUCAAAACACUAUCUACAAUUCCAUCCGUUACAAAAGAAACCCCUCGGCCUUCAUUAGAGAACAAAAACAAUCCUAUAUAUAAUAAGUGAAGAAAGAAACUAUUCAUUUACAAAUUCUAAAAAAUAGAAGUAACUCAACCUUACAUAAAAGAAGAGGAAAUAGAUAUAAUUAAUAAUAAAAGUUCAAAAUUCUAUAAAAUAAAGAAUUCCAUUAUGCAGAGAUAAUAAUAAUAAUAAUUAUUAUUAUCAUUAUUAUUAUUUUUAUAAUGAUAUAAUAAUGAUAAUGAUGAUAACGAUAAUGAUAUCAAUAGUAAUAAUAAUUAAAAAUAGUAAUAAAGUGCAGGAAGGUGAUGAAUGAAUUCGAAAUCCAGCUUACGAUUGACGAUUGGAAUCAGGACAAGGGCGGUUUCCAUUUAGAAAAAAGUUUGGAAACUUCGGUUGGAAAAGCCUUGGAAUGUUUGUUUGGGAAAAGGUCGUUCAAUUUCACAUCGCAUAUCCUGGCGCGGCGCACGCUACCAGACAGGACACCAAGAUAGCUGCCGAGUUGGUAGUAAUUUUGGAUCAGGUAUUAGCGGAUAAAGAGGAGGAAAUGAUUACAGCUUCUGAUGGCGAGAAAGAAAUUUAUCAAAUGGCAGUGAUAUCGACUUUUAUAGAGCGAAAGCUAAACAGAAACAAGAGGUCAUACCAAGCUAUUCGGCGUUGGAUAUGUUAAAGUCGCACUUCCGGAUGACCAGAGGCACACUGGAAAAGUUGUGCAGAGAAGUGGCCGCUACAGGUCGUAUUCCUCAAAGAAACCGCUUUGGAGGACCACCAAUUCCUAGUGAAGGCGGUCAACUAAAAUCUAUGGAGCCAGUGUCUAAAGAAAGGAAAGGAAAGUCAGUCUAAUUUACCGAUUACUCUAGGAGGCCUAAGUGAACUUGAGCAUUUGAAUAUAUUCUUCCAAACACCAGGUACCUACCGAUUCCAAGAGGAAGGCAUUUUAGGAUUUGAAAGCGAUUCCAUCGAGUCAGUACUGAAAAAACAAAUAUUGUACACUGAUAAACUGUGACGGAGGCCAUUGUUCCCCAAAUGGACAUGGCAAAUUUCUUUUUGUGGACCUGGAACUGUUAUUAAAUACGAGAAUCGUGGUAAUGGAACACUAAAAUCCAUUCAGAACGUUUCAACCGGAAAAUCGGGAAUACCCUUUCCGGGAAUUUUCCUGUGGGACGAACUAAAGAAUUGCUUUCCAUUUAGUUCCCGACCGAAAUUUUCAGAAAUUUUGUCUAAAUGGAAAGCGCCCCGAGUUCCACUGACAAUGAGUCCGGAAUCCAGUACCUCUUAAAUCUGGAAUUCAGAGCGUGGGGUCAAGGAUCCAAGUCUGUCCUAGAUUACCUUAGAUGGGGCGCAUAUUUAGUCUUUGCUCAAAUCGAUACCAACAUCAAUGGCUAGAAUCCACCCUAACUUGUGAAGAGUCGUAUAAUAAGGCAGACCUUUUUGCAAGAUUAAAAAUGUUUGGUGUUUUUGAUUUUGGAUUUUCCAUGUGAGAAGCUUUAAUUGUAGAGAAAAAUUUUAGAAGGCAUCUUAAAAAUUUGAAAAUAUAUAUCUGGUUAAAUAGAAAAUAUUUAAUAAACUAUAGUUAGAUUCGAAGUGCAAUUUAGAGACAAUUAUAACCUUGAGAAGUAUAAUUACGGUCGAGCCUACACUGACGGCCACCUCUCUUCAACGGCCAUUUUUGUUUGGCGGACAGUCCAUACAUUCACUCUUGUUUCAACCUCUCGAUAACGGCCACCCCCUUCUGUCCCCAAGGUGGCUAUUGUAGAGAGGUUCAACUGUAGAAAAAAAGGACUUCCUAAGACAACAACCGUUUUCAAUUUCUUUAGCAAAGUCACUCCGCGUUAUUGAAUUGCUUCUCAGGGUAAAGAUGGCUUCCUUGGUCGCUGUAUGAUGACACCGUUAGUGCGAUUAGAGGGACAUCAGACUCCUGAACCUUCACUGCAAUGGUACAAAAUAAGGCGAGGAGAAGAAAAAGGAGGGGAGCUGCUGGCUGCAUGUGAACUUUUCCUCGUAAGGCUUCAGAAUUCUUUUCAUUCCGUAGUAAGAUUCCAUGAAGUACACCACCCCCACCCAACAAAUUGAACCAUGGGAAAUGUUUUUCCCCAAAACGGGGUUGUAGCCCAAAAAAAGGCAGGUCGGGACGCUAUUGUUGGUUUUCACAUGACGUCACUAAAAUUCAAACUACAAAACUUUCGAUCCUACUGAAAUUUACUUUCAUGGUGUAUUAGAGCAGCUGAAAACUAAUUUUCAAACAAAUUUUCGCUUCAAAAGGGUCCUUGGUUUUGUAAUAGAGUACGCUUGAAUUUAUAAGCUUUUGCGUGACCCAGCAUUUACAUGACAGCCGAGAGAGCUGUCAUUUAGGUUAAAAAAGUGACUUUUUUCCGCGUAAUUUUGCUAUCUAAACAGUUCAAGUAUUAAAAAAAGUAUUACUUUAAUGUUUAUGAGUUCCUCUAGGAGUAAAUGCACGCUUUUGUAGCAAAACUCGGUAACAGAUGUUUCUGUUGGUUUCGGUCCGCCAUUUUGCAGCUCAUCCGGAUGAGCUCCAGCAUGGCGUCUCCAUACAAAGCUCUAUAAAUUUGGGUGAAACAUUUCCUUGGAUAUCUCGAAUAGGAAUUAUUCCUUCGACCCAAAUCUUGGAGAGGGUAUUUGUAUAUUUACCUCCUUUCAUUUCCCAGAUUCUGGACUUUAUCUGUUGAAUGGAUUUAAUUUUUAUUUUGAUCUAUUUUGAAUGGCGUGACACUGAAAAACAGCAAUAGGGGGAGGGGAGCCAGAGUGCCCGCUUGCUCGCAGGCUAACGGGUGGUCAGGUUAAAGAUUGAAAAUUCAUUUUAAGGUAGAUUUAAAAAAAAUUGCUUUCAAAAUGACAAUAAAUGUGAAACGAGGUUUUCGCAAUAUCCUUAAGUUAAUUAAGUCAUUUAUCAAAGCGUUUCAUCUAAAUGUUAAGUUAACUAACAUCUCAUCUGAUAGUAAAUUCCACCCGAUCAUUGGGCUUAACUUUUAUAUUCCAGCUAUUGCAUUCGCAUGGCUUGACGAUUGAACAUUCUGCUACGUGCAGUAUCCCUACCAUCCUAGUCUUGGCUUUGUGAUCUACUUUUAAAAAAAGUAUUUUGGAAUACUUUAAACCUUCACUCGAUAGGUAGCUAAAAAUUAAAAGCACCAUAACCUCAAAUCUCGUCACCUAACGGCAAUCAGUUGUCAAACAACUUUUCUAAAUUGCGUUUAACGCAUAAACGAAUAGCAGUAACGAAAAAAAAAACGGAGAAUUUAGAAGAAAAUACUGCUGAAAACAUAGUGAAAAACCGCCACCCAGCUCCUUCGCCUCCCUCCAAACCCCACCACCCACGUCACGCCUCAGUUUCAAAACGAGGCUAAGAGCGAACCGUUAAUAUUAUCAUGAUUUUUAUUCUCAUGCAAAUAAAGCUUUUGCACUCACCCUCUUUCCGAAAGUGAGAUUUUGGAACUCGGAAAUGGCCUAUUAAAAGCGACUACUCCUCAGAGCUAAUAUUUUAGUCUAUUUUUGCAUUACUUUCUUAUUUUAUGAUGAUGACGCUGACAAAUUAUGCAAACAUCCGCUUAAUUGAAAUUUUAAACUGACAGGAUGAAGGUGCUGAAUUACCCUUUACCCCACCUAUGAGGGGAGAACUAUUUGCAGUUCGCAGUGGAGUGCGCCCGAAGUUGCAGAGGUCAGCGAUCGAGGUUAGCAUACUCAAAAUUGCUUACCAGUUUUUUCGUUUCAUUUUGGGUUUUUUGGGUGGGGGUACUGAAUAAAUACUAGUGUAAUGGCUUUCGAAACCAGUAUUUGGAAAGACAUCUGGCAAUAUUUUUAAUAAUACCACCUCCCCCACCACCAACACCGCACCACUACGUAACCACUCUAAAUGACCUCCACCACAGUUUCUUCUACUACCGCUGCUACUUUCUGAGGUCUGACUGACCAGAUGUAGAACACAUAAAUGACCCACUACUGCUACCACUACUACCACCACAAUCACUACCACCACUACGUAACCACUACGACGACCACCACCACUGUUACUUCUAUCGCUACUUCUACUUUCCAAACCCUCAGGCAAAUGGACGCAACAUUGUUGGGGGUUGUUAAGUCCUUUUGCACGUACCUAAAAUUUUUGAGCGCUUUCAAAUUUUUCGCAACAUUGACCAGAGGGAGAGCACAUGACCUGCUACUGCAACUGCUACUACCACCACCACAACUACCAAUACCACUGUUUUUUUACUACUAACGUUUGAGCCUAUUGACUUGAUGGAGAGCCAAAAAAGUGACAACAACUCCAGUAACAACAAUUGCUUGGCAAAAUGAAAGUUAACAAUAUUAAUAAACCCAUUUUAGACUAAUCCUUUAAGUACUGACAAUACAAAACAAAAAAGAAUUUAGGUUGCGGCAGCCUAAAAGUUAGUCCGUUUGUUUAAAGUCAUAUGUUGCUCUUAGGUCUUGUGCUGGGGUGUGAGGAACAUGAAAAAGUUCCAGCUUACAAGCGUGACAUCACCAAGCAUCGAGUUUGAAUGCGCCGGGGAAAUGGUGCAGUCUGAGGUCAUAAAAGACACCAGAAAGAACCCCAACUUUGAAAAUCCGGUUUUGACAAGAAUGAUUGUGGUAACUAUUUCUUUUCUUUUUUCACAUAAUACGAUUGUAAGAAAAAUUUAAACAACUGCAAUUGAGGUGAUGCACGCAAGAUAUUAGUCUUCUAUAGAAACUGUGCAAAGAAAUUCGUCAGUUGUACAUUGCCACGAUACACCUUAUUUGCUCCCCUCCAACCCCCCCCCGUCCCUUCUCUUACACCCUCAACUUUCAAAUACGUAUUGUCUUCAAUUUCUCUAGGUACCAGGCUAGGCAUUUUUUUUUGGGGGGGGGUGGGGCAAGCAAGGUGUUGUAUGGGAGAUUUGCAAAUGGCGAAUUUAAUGGAGAGUGUACGCCACAGACUAAACUAAACCUCUGGUUAAGUCCGCCUUCGAGCCAGCGCCGAAAUUCUUGUUCUGGUACUUAUGCGCAUCGUUGAUUUGUAAAAAAAGUUAUCGCCAAUUUGUCAAACAAGUUGAAGAGAAACGCUUUUCCGGUAAAUUGUUGAGCCCUUUACGUUGCGGGCCCGGAAAAAAAAGAUAUUUGUUUACGUCUAUGACGCAGGCUAGCUUAAAUGUAAUCAGAGAAGACAUUUUUUUGCUCUGUUCACCUCGGAAGUAAAUGUCGGAUUCUCCCAAUAACGUAGUCUGUUCAUUUAGUAAUAUAAGUGUCAUGGAAUUGUACUGAUUGAAAGGCUAAUAACACGCAAAAAAUGCUUCGGACAAUUUAGCAAUAUUAGCAAAGAAGCCAUAUGAUAUGAGCCAACUCAACAACCACAGAAGCCAUAUGUGGAGCUAAACCAUAUUAUCAGGUAGGAUCAAAAAUCGCUCGCAUUAAUUUGAGGGGCAAAUUUAGGUCGAUAUAAAAGAUCAUUUCUUGAAAGGAGCAAACGCCGGGUGCCCACAAGUUAGAAAAAUAACUGAAGAAAAUCGAACCCUUAAUGUUUUUGUUACAGAAUCUUCCAGUGGAAGACAUCUACAUGCCAUCACUAAACAUCCGUGUCCGUGACAAUCGAACGUUUGGUCGCCGACCAAUCGUAGGAGUGCAUUCAGUGAGGUCUAUUCAGAAGUACCGCUGUCCUACACCUCAAAUCAUUGAAGAGGUUGACUCGGGGGCGAAGGCCCAACAAACAAAAGGUUACCUAAUUUAGAGUGCCCUUAAAUUAACCUUUACUUUGAUUAUCUGGUUAUAGACCAGUAAGAGUUACUUUCUGGCGCUUUUACAGUAACGGUAAAUGACCUUAUUUCAAGUCGGUAAAUUGUAACAAUGCUCGUUACCAUACGAAACUGUGGCCUACGGUGCGCUCAUUUUACGCACUCACUUUACAAGGUAUAUAUCGAAUACAUUCAUAUUAGUGAAAUCAUUACUUCACCAACUUAACUCUCUUUGCCAGUAGAUAUCUUAGCACGCUGAGGAUAAAGGGCUUAAGAUUGGUCACGUAUUUGUCCAAACUAUUCUUGUGUAUGGAAUGUAGCCAAUAUCUCCAAAACAAGAGAACAUAAGGAGUUGAGACCUUCACUAUGGUAUUUUUCUUAAAUUAUUGUUUCAAAUUCUUCCGCAUUGUUUGGAUUAGUACUACGCAUGACCAAAAAGUACAUUUUUUGACGCAAGCAUUUUUUCAUAGUUUAUAAACUAGUUAAUAAUUCAAAAAGAAGAUAAUAAAGAAGUUAAUAUUAAAUAAGUGUUAUGUAGUCAAAUGAAAAACUCCUCAUUUUGCAUUGUUAAUUUCCCCUUCUAUAAUCAUUUUGUUUGAGAAAUACUACGCGGCACGUUGGAUUAAGCACUCUGUCGUAUGUUUGAUAUACAUUCAUAUGAAAGAACAGGAGCGCGGAUCAAAGACCUACUUUUAUUCGAGGGUAUAGAAUCCUUGGGUGCUAUUCUUUACCUUAAUGUGUUAAAUCUCCCAAAAAUACGAAACUUUGUUUUUUAAAGGCCAGACGAGACAUGUCGCCGUAGAAAACCAUUAUCUUUUAAAACUAUUGCGGAUAUCAGAAACUUUGAACUUUCUUUUACCUGUAGCUCCUGCGGACACCGCUUCAACAACAAGCAAGCAAGCCUCGCAUGUUGUGGAUGUCAAGGAACCCAAAAAAAAGAAGAAGAAGGUAGGUUGUCUUGGAAACUAUUAAGUCGAGGGAACUGAGUUUGGUGGGGCACUGGGCGCAAUUUGGCGCCGUCAAGACAGAUCAACUGCUGAAGACAACAUCCGUUGGUCGUUCAUUCUCUUCCCCGAUCCAUCAGGUAUUCCUUUGAACAUCUGAGAUCAAUUCAAUAAAACUUUUACAUGUGUAAUUUAAAAGUGUUGCUAUUACUUUCAAACUCUAAAAGAAUGGCUAGGCAACCCGCUUAGGUAAGUCGCCCUUCUAACCGGGCCAACUGCAAACGCCACGUUUUGUAAGGAAAUGUAUGCCCCAGGGUAGCUAGGUUAGGCGGGUGACUCUUCUACCAGAGACAAUUUUUCUCCAUAUAAACGGGACGAGAGUCCCUCUAACAAGUAACGAAUUGUUGGCCAGACAUUCAACACAACGCAUAUUUAGCCACUGAUCAUCCAAUAUAAGACUGCGAGUUCACCCCGUUGAAAGUCUUAGUUACUGUGGGCGACCAGAGGAACCUGCGAUCCCAAUCUCUUGGUUACUAUUAGGCAUUCACAACACGCAUUAGUUUGGACUUCCACUACAAAUAAAUGGAAUGCGUAGGAUGCAAUCUGUUCGCGCGUGUAUAAAACUGUCUAUCAUGUAAACUUUCGCAAUGCACAGCGUUUGAUUGAUCUCGCUCGCAACCCUAACCCUUGAUAAAAUAGAAUAUCCUCCUUUUGCAAAACGGUUCUCAUCAAGAAAAAAAAUUAAUUGCCAGUAUACACCAUUUUUUUUCUUUUUUUUUUCUUUGCAUUUGUUGCCUUUUUUUCUCUAGGAAAAGAAGGAAGAAGUUACUGAGGAUAAUCUGGACUGGUGGUCAAAGUUUUUUGCGUCAAUCGGUGACGAGGAAAAAUCUGCAGAAUACCUUAACAAAGGAUACGCGAAGAUGACGGUGAGCUAUACUCUAUAUUUAAUAUUAGUAAAAUCCAACUAGAGGUCUAUUAUCAAUGCUGCGUUCUGAUUGGUACUAGUAGCGAAAAGCGCCGACUUUUUGGCGGCAAAGAAGAUUAAACUUUAGCUUUAACUAGCUAAAGCUGUUUUGUCUCGAUAUUUUUGACCAACUAGUUGGAUUUUACUAAAACAAUAAUAAUUAUUAUUCCUCUCGCCCUCAUAGACUCAGAACAUAUUGACUCAGAACUCAUUCGGGCUCGAGGAAUAAUUGUUAAAUAUUACGAGAUAUUUCUGUUGAGACACAGAAAGUUUAAAGUACAUUUUCAGUGCUUCCAUUGUUACAAAAACAUUUAUUUUCUUUUAAUUCUCUCAGUCCACGAUCAUCAACUGUUCACUUUCUCGUGAAACGUUCAAGGCUGCACAUAAGCAAAAAAAAACAUCUCGAUUUGAAGUGCUUAAAGUAGAUUAUGUCUCCACUUUGACAGGUUCAGUCAAUGUCAUUUUUUUUCUCUAGGUGCAUAACUACAAUGAUAGUAAUAAUAAUGAUGAUAAUGAUGAUGAUGAUAAUGAUAUUAUAAUAAUAAUUGUAUCGAAAAGGUAAUGAAAAUCAUUGUAAUAUGGGACUUUUUCCUUCCCUUUCCACAAAACCUUGAGUGGAAGGUAAAUCUCAGGCCGAUCCACAGUCUGCUGUUAUUGGAGGGCCAUUUCUUAAUAUCAAUCAAUACUUAUUUUAAGAUCACUGACCUACACAGAAUUAAUUCUCCUUGAAACCUUCUAUUUAAGGUUUACCAAACGGAGCUGGAAAAAGUUGAAAAAUUCGACGGUUUUCAAGAUUUCAUUUCUUCUUUUCCUUUUUACCGAGGAAAAGCAAAGUCCAGAGAAGAGGAGGAAGACACAGUUGUUGGCGAAUUUAAGGUUGAAGAUUAUUUUUUAGUUUGUCAGAAUUUUCUAGAAAAUUUAUGCUUAUUGUAUUAAGGGUGACCAUUCCAUUUAGAAGACUUCUAUGUCUUUAAGAGCUCAAAUGCUCGAGCCCAAUCACCUGUUUAGAAUGUUAAGGGAAAAUAUUGCAAGAUAUUGACGAGCGAAUUGUUGUUUCAGAACGUUACUUGACGUGUAACUUCAUUACUCUUUACAGUUUUUGUAGAAGAGUCCUGGUGUGCUUACAUGUAAAUGAAGGACCGGGUUUAUAACCAUAAUAUUGUUCGAUAACUUUAUGCACGGUGAAACAAAAGUGAAAUGGGAAGGUAGUUCAAGCCAUUAAAAGAUUGCAUGUAUGCUUAAAGGAAUGUCUUUCACUUCUAGGGAACGUUUCGUUUUUACCCUAUGCCCGAGGAUGAAAGGACAUGGCCCUUACCAAAGACUGUAUUCACAUACCUCCCUCCAAGUCAACCGAUAGAGUGUAUCGUUCGCCUGUAUGUCAUCAAGGUAAAUUUAAGUUGUGAAGAUGACAUUUCGAGCGCCAGCCCUUAGUUGGAGUGAUUAAGGGGAUUGUGGGUUGUGAUCUGGGUAUUGCUUCUGAUUGGUCGUGCCGUGAGGCAAAUUUGCUUUAACAAAUCAGAAGCAUUACCGGAUCUGGGUAGUAACAAGUAACCAGUAUGGAAUUUCUGCGCUCGUUUCUCAGACGUCAUUUUGUGGCGAAAACAGUAUUGUCUUCGCGACAGCCGGCUGUUUUCUCAGGCUAGUUUUAACCGUGGCAGUGCUAGCUCAGUCGGUAGAGCGUGUGAAUGCAAAGCGAGAGGUCGCCGGUUCGAUUCCCGGGGCCGGACCAAUACUCAGGGUCUUAAAAUAACUGAGAAAUGACAAAAGUCAACUAUAGAAAUAGUAAUGUGACAAUAAACCUCUGCUUUUUCCUCUCAGGCUUUGAACCUUCAACCAAGGGAUGAUUCAGGAACUGUAAGUAACUGUAGUAAGAUGCUUGAUCACAUGAACGUUUAGUGUAUACUAUACAUUGUCAACUUGUACUUAACUAAAUUUAUGAUUUGCCUGAAUUAAGAAUUGUUUUUAAUUUGUCCUUGUUAUUCAUUUCACUUACCAGGCUGACCCUUACCUAAUAGUCACCUUAGGCAAGCAAAAGUUUGAUGACCAAGACACUUACAAACCGUACACCCUCAAUCCUGUGUUUGGAAGGUAAUUUUAAUAAAGCUGCAACAAACAAGCACCUGUGACGUCAAGUUCUUCGUGAAGGUGUUUGAAGGAACUUUAAGUAACUUCACGAACACUCUUAUCUACCAAAAAUGAUAAUUGCAUUUCUUUGUUUUCAGAUCAUUCGAAUUCACGGCUACCAUUCCUGUUGUCAAAGACCUCAAAAUUGCUGUUAUGGAUUAUGAUCUCAUUGGACGCGAUGACAUCAUCGGUGAAACACAGAUAGACUUGGAACAGAGGCUACUGUCUCAACAUCGGGCCACGUGUGGUUGCCCAAAGUCCUAUUGCAAGUAAGAGAUAAUGAUUGUGACGAUCGUGAUAACGAGGAUUUAAAUACUGAUAACGUUAAAAAAUUUGUUGUGGUGAUGAUGUUGAUAAAGUUACUGAAGUUGCAUGACAACGACCACGACGAUGAGCUUGAUGACGCUGAUUUAUAAUGAUUAAAGAGUGAUUUAUUAUCAUUGUCUUCAAGGACUGGCCCGAACAAAUGGAGGGAUUCUCGUAAGCCAAAGACGAUUCUGAGAGAUUGGUGCGUAGCCCACAACAAAGACCCUCCAGUUUACAGCAACGAUCCAUCCUCCGUGACAGUUGAUGGAGUAACGUACACCUUAUCUGAUUUUGGUAAGGCCCUUGGUCAAUAUAGCCUAAGCCAUGAGUUGUAGUACAUCAAUUUAACCGAAUUAUUAACUUCUUUUGAGGAAUUUUACCUUAAAAUGUGUCAAGACAGAUAGGAAAUAAUCGGAAGUUUCAGAAUAGAUUGUUUUCAGUCACGUGGUCAGCAGCUUUGCAAAUUGCUUGGAAUUAAUAAAAGAAAGUUUUAACAUGUGGAAAGAGUUCAAUUCCCACAGGAUUUUUUGUACACAAACAUGGAUGCCGAUCCAUUGUUUUGUACACAAAUAUGGCUGCGGUGACGUCAUGUGAAAACAAUCUGUUGGUUCUAAUAUGGCUAUUCCAUUUCUUACUGAUUCUUUUAAUGAUGACGUUUCUUGAAAUUUCUUUCGUUUUUUGACAGAAGAAGAAGGAACGGUGAUCCACGAACAUCUUGGAAAAGAACAAAGCCGACUGGCGCUCUAUGUAGUUAAUCAGCUGAACCUGGUUCCUGAACACGUGGAAACGAGGAGCUUGUACAGUAAAACACAGCAGCCGAAUAUGGAGCAAGUAAGCCUUUAGUUAAAGGUCUUGGAUAAAUGACUGGAUAUUUUUGUCCAAGUCACAUUCAACAUAGGGUAGCUGGACAAGAAACUAGUGUUUAGUCCCGUGCAAACGGACGCAACAUUGUUGGACGUUACGUGAGGCGUGCGUUUGCGCACACUUUUGCAUGUUGUUGGGAGUUUUUGCGCAAAGUUUGAAAUCGGUCAAACUUUUAGCUUCUGCAAACGGACGCAACAAUUGCCAACAAUUUUGCGUCCGUUUUUACGGGACUUUUGACCAAACAUCGACACCGCUGAAAUUAUGGCGCAUUCUCGGUUUCCGAUUGAGCGUAUUUUUGGCUUCGCUAGCGUAACGGGAAAUGUUGGAUAAAAAUCUAGGUCGAACAAAUGAAGCCAUUUGAACGUGAAGUUAAGAGAUGUAGCUUAACGGUCAAACAGACUCUCCCAGCACGGCGUCAAGCUACGUACAAACGGACGCAACAUUUUUGGCCUACAACUACUAACAUUGUUGGAUGUUACAAGUUGCGGCCGUUUGCACACCCUGUUACAUGUUGUUGCGCAAAAUUGAAACCGGUCAAACAUUGCAAACAACGCAACAUUGUUGGCCAAUAACUCCCAACACUGUUACGUCCGUUUGCACUCAGCUUUAUGGUAUUCUUGAAAACGGCCUAUUGUAUAAGACCAGGGCUUAUGAUUGGGGUUUUAAACCAAAUGCAAACGGACACAACAACAAAUGUUGGGAGUUGAGUCCGUGUGCACGUAGCUAAAAGUUUGACCGGUUUCAAAGUUUGCGCAACAACUCCUAACAACACUCAACAACAUGCCACAGGAUGUGCAACCGGACGCAACAUGUAACAUCCAACAAUGUUUCGUCGGUUUUUACGGGGCAUCACGGUACUUACAGAACGUUUGCUUACUGCGACUUUAACUGAUUCACAGGGAAAGUUGCAGCUGUGGGUGGACAUCUUCCCGACAUCAGAGGGCAAAGUACCUGUAGCAGUUAACAUCAAACCGCGCGAACCACAAGAGUAAGAUUUGGUCUUUACACUUUUAUUAUUUCUAUUAAGUUUCUCAUAGCUCUUACUGUACAAAUAGGCCUUUUGAAAUUGUUGGUCACGUGAUAAACUUUCUUUAAAAAAUCGUUUUUCAAAAAUAAUAAUAGUGGAUAGAAAACGAAAAGGGAAUAUUAAAAUUAGGUAUGAACAUUCGCAAACAUUCUCCAGGCUCUCAUGCCCUCUACCAAAUAAACUGACUAACUGAAGUGCAUGCCUCGCCCGACCAUUCAUAAAAUUAAACCCCAGUAGUAAGUUACUAACGCGGAAAAAACAAUUCUGAUACCUAUACUUAAUGUUAUUUUCAGAGACUUUUCAACAAACAACUGAUUUUGCUUCUCUCGUUCUCUCGUCAGAUACGUUCUUCGCGUCAUUAUAUGGAACACUAAAGACGUGAUCCUAGAGGAGACGUCCAUCACUGGUGAAAAAAUGAGUGAUAUCUAUAUUAAAGGGUAAAGAAAGUUUCACUCCAAAAAAAAACAGCGUUAAUAUUCAUUUAAUUUAUUGCAUAUUAUUAACAAUUAAAAAGGUCUCUCCCUUAAUCUUUUUAAAGUCCUUUACACCUUUUUGCUCGUAAGUAUUAUUAUUAUUGUUAUUAUUAUUAUUAUUAUUGGACAACAAUCACCUUUCUCUCUUCACUUAACGCACAUAGUUUCGUGAUUUUAGGUGGAUCGACGGAGUCGAUGAGUCACAAGAAACUGACGUCCACUACAGGUAUGCAAGCUUUAGCCUGAUAGUGACAAACCUUUUAACUUUCAGAUAAUUUAACCCAUCAGUAUGCAAGCACUGCGUGCAAUUUUAGGUUUUAAUAAGCAUAAGCAUCGUUUCUACGCCGCAUCUUUCAAAGCAACGACUUCGUUUCCGGCCUCGGGGUCUGACCGUUAAGGCCUAAGAAAACGCCACACAAAAGGAUUAGUGAAAGCACUUGUACACUGACUGGACACGUGGUAGGAAGUUAAGUGGGCCAAAGUUCAUCUUCUCCCUGCAUACAGAUCAGUGGGCACCAAAUAUAAAGCCACGCCCUGAGUUUAAUUUGCAAUUGGGUGUUUGGACUUGAUUGCUUUACUUAUUUGCCAUACUUUUGUUUGUGUAGGUCACUGAACGGAGAAGGGAACUUCAACUGGAGAUUUGUGUUUCCCUUCCAGUUUAUCCCAGCUGAGAAGAAGCUUGUAUUGGAAGAGAAGGUUCUUGCCUUUUUCUUUGUUUGCUACACGUCUAAGGAUUAAGAUCCCAUCGACAUCAACUGCGUUUAGUGCCACAACACCGUUUCCACUAUUUUUUUUUUAAUGCUACAGGAGCACUUUUGGAGUCUUGACGCGACGGUGGAGAAACUUACUCCCAGACUCAUGAUCCAGGUUUGGGACAAUGAUCUUGGAUUUGCAAGCGAUGAUUUUCUAGGUGAGCACAACUUUGUACACCCUGUAUUAGAAAGCUCGCUAAUCGAGGUGAUUACUCAAGUUCCCAAAAAACGAAAACCUAAACAAUGUUUGACGAAAUAGAAAAUAAAGACUUCUUUAGUAACAGGCUUGUCUUGUGGGUAGGCAAGAACACAAACAUUGUUGGAGCAUUGCGAGAAGAGAACUUUACUUGCUUGUAGUUCUCAGCAUUCGAAAUCGUGUUAUGUGUUUUAGCAUCUCUAUCAUUAACCGUAAACGUGACGCUUACCCACUAAUGAUCAAGUUCUGAAAUCAAUUCAUACCCGUUUUUAACCAUACAAUGUACAAUGUAUCUCUAAAGGGCUCCAAAGAAGCAAGCACUUUCCAAAUUUGGUCAGCACUAGCUAAAUACCUUAAAGGAAAAUAAAAAUUGAUUCAUGAUUUAAAAAAGAUGGAGAAAGCUGACCGCUACUGAUUAAAGAGACUAUAAUAAAUCAAGGAGAUUACUUUGAAAUAAAAUUAUGACCCGUUUCCACUUGCAGGCGCACUUCAACUGGAUCUAACAUCGUUGAUAAAGCCAGCUACUAGCGAUAGAUAUUGCAAGCUUCCCACAGAAACAACAGCUACGCUGGAUUUAUUCAAACAGAAACGUUGUUAUGGGUGGUGGACUGCGACUUCGAUGAAAACAGGCUCAAUACAAGAAGCGGUAACCUGCCAACUACCUCUCUGUAGACUAGCUGUAGCUGUAGACAACAAGCAGGCUUAACUUCAGCACCAAGAAUUUCUUAUUCAUUGACCAGUUGCGGAUACCAAGUUAUUUCCUAUCUCUUUUUAGUGUUUUUAUAUAUGUCUAAUUAUUAUUAUUAUUAUUACUAUCAUAACUAUGUGAAUAAAAAUAAAUAUUAAUAAUCCCAUUAACAAUGAUAACAAUAAUAAUUACUUUAUUUAUUAUUUUUAUUUAUUUAUAACUUUUUUUUCAUUUACUCUCGUAGGGUAAGAUUGAGAUGACCCUAGAAGUGAUGCCAAAAACGGAAGCACUUACUAAACCCGCAGGAGAAGGGAGAGACGAUCCCAACAAAAAUCCAACUUUGGAAGAACCGCAGUAAGUUGAAGGUUAACUAUAACAUUUAAGGUUGAUUCUCUCAUUACAAAUCAGGCUGCAUGCCAAGAAUAUAUGCCGAAGUGUUUUGUUUAUGACGUCGCUCCCAAUAAGGCGAAAUAUGUUGCUAACAAGCAUUGAUAUGAAGCUGGAUGCUUCUCCAACAGCACGUUCUCAUUGUUUUGUUAGAGAUCACAUGGCACUUAACAAAAUAAAACUGUUUCCCGCCAAACGUUUUGGAAUUUUGCACUGUUAAAGAGUUGUCACAGCCAGAGGUUCUGAAAUUCCCUGACCUUUUUCCUGACAAAUGUAAAAUUUCCUGACCAACUUAAUUAACACUUUAACAAAAGAAACCUGAUAAAGGAAUCAACCCCUCCCACACAACCACCCAGUCCACCCAUGUAUUCAUGCUGUCAGCGAGUCACGUGCAGUCUAUAUGAAUUGGUAGUUCCUUAACAUAACUUGAGGUUCAAUAUCAUGAGCAAUACUCUUCCAGUAAAACAUGACUCAUGUCUGUAAAAUGCACAAAAAGCCUAAAUGUAACAAAACAAUAAACAUAGAAGGAAAAGAAUAAAAAUGUAUUCUUAAAAUUUCACUUUUCCCUGACUUCUUUUAAAGACUUAAAUUUCCCCUGACUAAAAAUGAAAUUCUGUGAUGUUUCUCUGACCUUGUAUAUUUUUUUUUUCCAUGACCAUUUCCUGACCUGUGGCAACCAUGCUGUUACCCGCCAAUGUUGAACGUUUGUUAGAUGUGCUUUUUAAAUUUGUAGACGUAGAAGUUCUUUUUCGUGAGCUUCAUUGCAAAUACGUUAAUGAACAGUCCCUUGCGAAAUUAAUUUCUGUCCCCCCGAGGCCUCUCACGAAUUGUUUAUAUUUUACUUAUUUUAUUUUCCACAGACGUCCCGCGACCUCAUUUCUAUGGUUUACGUCCCCAUUGAAGUCCCUGCGUUAUAUUAUCUGGGGAAGGUACAAAUGGUACAUCAUAGGUUUCCUAUUAUUCGUGAUCAUCGCUCUUCUUAUCGUCCUCUUCUUCUAUUCAGCACCGGUGAGUUUCAUAACAAAUCAGUUAAUGAUUUGGUCCCUCGAGACCAAUCAUGAAGUGUUUACAGGUAAAGCUACAGUAAAACGAGCAGCAAAAAACGUCCAACUUGUUUUAAAAUAUUGCUGCAAAACGAGUUGAAUAGCGAUAAUGCGCGUUUUACCACACAAGUUCGAACUUGUCUUGCAGCAACUAAGAUUGCAAGGUUUCAUUUCGCGGAUGGAAAAACGCGCAACGUCGCUAUUCAACUCGUUUUGAAGCAAAGUCGCAAAACAAGUUGCACGUUUUUCUGUUGGCCAUUUUACCUUACCUUAAGAUAUCACUCUUGCGAAGAAAAGAAGGAAAUAUAUUGUCCCUUUAAGCCCUUAUAUUAGUAUAGGUAAUAGCAUAAUUUGUAGUGAUAUUUGGCAUAAACGCUAAACGUGAUAUUUCGAAAUUGUUAUACGUAAUUUCUCGAGUCGUUAGGCGAGUGAAAUUUGAGACAAUUUUGAAUUAACACAAGUGGUAUUUAUGCCAAAUAUCACGUACAAAUCAUGCUAUUAUUUGUUUAUACUACUACCCGCAAAAGGUUUGUAAUUUUCACAUGUAGGCAUUUCAAAUUAAGCCGAAAUACCACUGCCCUAAGCCAGUCAAAUUGCAGGAAUUUCUCAUGUAGUAGUAUAAACAUAGAAAUUCACGAGAGUAAUCUCCAGUUAAAAAUUAAUUGAUAGAAUUUGAUUAAAAAGAUCUAAGCAUUUUCUCUUGGUGACCAUUUUAUUAACUCCCUUAACAUUUUCCCUGGAUGACGUAUUGAUAUUGUUUGAAGAAAAUUGAUGUUGGUCACUCUCAGGACUUAGAAACAGGCAUGCACACAUGAUCUCGAAAAAAAAAAACGAUACUGGUAGUUGUUGCUUAUUUGUUGUUGCUGUUAUUUAUUUCCGAGAGAGGUGCUCUGUCAUUGCGCGAUUACUUAAUAACCAAGACCAAGAGAAAUUUGACAGAAGAAAAUACGAAAGCCUAAUAAAUAUUAAUUGCUUUUUUGCUUUCUUCUUAUGCUAACAGGGAUAUUCGAUGAAGAAAUUGUUGGGAGCCUAGAGAGGAGCUGUGGCCUUUACCGCGAAUAAGGAAACAAAUUGAGGAUAGAUCUAGUUCUAAGUAGUGAAAAGGCAAUAAAUAAAAAAGCAAAAUAGCGCGUUUGAUACGAACGAAAGAGAACGAAAUAUCAAAAAGGAAACGAUGAAGUUAGACCUUUUAAGGCCAGUUUUCUUCAGUUAGUCCUUUGUAGCUAGGUUAGCAAUGAACAAAAAGCGAAAUGGACCGUUAUGAGGAGAUGGAAAUAUCAAAGAGGAAACUAUCUUAAGAAAGGCCAUUUUUUUAAGGCUGGAAACUCUUGCUGGCGGUUUCCCUUUCUAAAAUCACCGUUAGUUUCAACAGUAUGUCUGCAAUGCACCUGUACGGUAAUUGGCUACUUUUAGGUAUUCUUUUUCUUUUUCGCUAUUUGAAGCAGCUGUUCCAGGGAUACCAAACGAAGCAUUUCGUAAAUACCUGCUUCAAUAAAGGUUGAAAAGGCAUUGGGCAAUUACGCACUGGGAAGCUAUUGUUUGGCAGUCACUCAGGCAGACCAUUGCAGCGAUUUCCGUAUGCCCAAAUACCUAAUGGCCAAAAACCAAAGCAACUUUAUUGAAUUAGGUAUAUACCAUGGGACGGCCUUAUUGCAGUUAACAUGAGACACAUGAAUUAGAAAAUAAUUAUGGUCAACCUUUUUUAAGUGAUAAUGAUUUCGUUUGGGACACGAAAUGCUAUUUCAGUAUGCAACCAGGCCAUUGGUUAUUACAAGCGAUAAAAGGAUAAGCAGAUACGCGAUCAUAUGGUCGGUUUGGUUCACAGAGCCAUAGUGGAUAAGCAGAUGCGGAAUCACAUGGUUUUUCAUAGAAGAUACGCAGGCACCCAGGCACAAGGUUGUUUUGUUUAUGCUGUAUCUGUUAUGGCAGUUUAGACGCUCUUUGAAAAUUGAUUUUAGAUUUUUUAAGGCACUAUACGAUAAAUAGUUCUUAAGAUACCUCAAAAAUGUAAAAAUACCGGUACAAAAUGAAAUAAAUGCUGUCAAUUCUUUGCACUCUCACCAUUCUAUUGGCUAUCUUGUCAAAGGUAAUUGGGG